AUGACAACGACACUUAAGAAAUUUAUUGAAUCCCUGGAUCCCAAAACCCUCCCAAGAGUUCUACAAAUUCAAUCUGGAUAUUAUGGAGGUAAUAACAAAUAACAGUGAGCUCUAAAAACGAACUGCAAUUGUGUGAUUAUAAAAUAGCAUAUUUUACGUUAAGCUACAAACACUAGUACAUAUUUAACUAGAGCGUUUCAAUUACAAGGUUUUUUUUUCUAUAUUUUGUUUUUAUUAUUUGGAAUUAUUAAUUUAUUUAUUUACAUUAAUUACUAAAUUCUCACAGGGUUAUUUACUAAAGUGAGAAUUGCUAGGAAUUCAAAGUAAAUGCAAAGUGAAUUUCAGAUUUAAGGCCAAAGCAGCUGAGCUACAAAAUUUCUCCAAGUCAGUUAUGUACCCAGAUUGGCCAUUUUGGUCUUAAAUUUGAAAUUUACUUUGGAUUCCUGACAAUUCUCACUUUAGUUAAUAACACUGUCCGAUAGCAUCCUAAUUACAGUAAAUGGGAAAAAGUUAAAAUGGAAAGUAGUUAAAAUGUAAUAAAAAUACUGGCCAAUUUAAAUUUGAAAAUUACUGUAUAAGCUAGUGAGUGUGUUUAUCAGGAUGUGGUUAUUACAGUUCAUUGGUCAAUGGUCACCCAACAUAGGAACCUGAAACUACAAUUAACUUGAUUUUAUAGACAAUUGUUUAUAUGAAUUGUGACAAGCAAUUGUUAAGGCUUCUUUGGCCCUCUGAAAAUCCUUUUUUUUUACUUUUUGGCUGCACUGUUCAUUAUUCUUAUUGAACUUCAAAUAUCUAUUUAUAUUUUCUUUGACCUGUAUCCAGCUGUCUUAAAGUGGUAAUUUAAAUUAUUUGCUUUGAUGCUGUAUCCGAUGUUUCCUUACAUUAACAUUUCAUUAUAAUGCAGCAUAAAAAGCCUUAAGAAAUAACAACAAAGGCUAUGAAAUUCUUCAAUGUUAAAUUAUGGACGCUAGUCUUAUAUCAUAUUUUUUCCUAAAUAUACAACCAAUGCUGAUAACAAUAAUUGACUUUUACUCUAGAAAAUACAGAACAAAGUAAUCCUUUAUUGUUUUUCAUAUAAAUGUAAAAUUGUUUUCGGAUACAUAAAGGUUUGGAAGAUCUAACACAUGUCUAAUGUGAGCUUAUUUAUUGGUUGUAGGGCAUGUGAACCACUAAAUGGUUUAUGGGAAAUUGCAAAUGAAGGAUAAUUCUUUUCACCUGAGAUUUGCAUGUAAAGUGUUACUGACUCAUAUACUCAGCAGUCCAUGAAUUCAUGCAUGAGAACAAAGUUCUUUACACAUGUCCUAGGACUUGCACAGCAUUGGGAAAUGCAUGUAUCCUGAUGCCUUAUGAAAUAUUAAUUUUGUGAAUUAAAAAGCAGAAGGUUGAACGUGUGCUAUGGCUUCUCGAGAAAGUGCUUUUUUUACUGGGUCGCAUUACCAAUUGGGUAGAAUGUCAUGAUAUGCUGUCAAGGAGAUAUUGGUUAUAGAAGUGCAUUUGUAUUAUUCAUCACAUAUAGUUAUAAAGGCCUAUUCACUAAACUGAGAAUUUCAAAGUGAAUUUCAAAUUUUAAACCAAAGUAGCCAAACUAGAAGCAUAGCUGACCUAGAGAAUUUUUACAGUUCAGCUAUUGUGGCAAUAAAUGUGAAAUUCACUAUGAAUUCUAAUGUGUAUAUAGACCCUAUCUUAAUAACAGUUUUGUUUGUUAUAUAAUAUAGAGAUAUUUAGCCGCAUAAUCUCCAUGACUCAAGCAACCCCAGAGUGGAGAUCCCUUAGUAUAGGGAAAAUCAUUGGUCAAAAUAAAUGUAAACCAAGUGUGUAUAUAUAUAUAUAUAUAUAUAUAUAUAUAUAUUCAUAAGGUUAUUUACAACUGUUUGAGUUAUUAGAAAAAUAAACGUGAAAUUCAAAUUUUAGUCCACAAUAGCUGAACUGGAUAUUUGUGAGUUUGCAAUUAAUAUUUUGUAUUGAAUAAAUAUGUAUUGAUAAGAAUGAGGUUCACUCCUAACUAUAUACAGGUGUAAUGCUAUCUGUGUUCUGUAAUAUGUUGUACUCGUUUUUUCUGCUAAAGUUUAUAUUUUCAUUAAAAAAAAGUUUUAAGUUUUACUUACACAUUUGUGUUUAGGUGCUGGAUAAAAAAACAAAAAAAAACAACCAAUAGGUAUGUGUAUAUCAAUCCUUUAUACACUGCAAAACUCCAUAAAAUAAAUUUCACUUAUACUUACAAGACAGGCAUAAGAAAUUACCUUUGUGAUAGCAAUAGAGAUUUUUAUGGUUAAAUGCAAAUGAGGGCUUAAUUCUUAAUAAUGUAACUAACACCUUGACAAGUUUUAUAUAAAGACAAAUUAGUGAAUACAAGUUAAUCCACAGUUAUUGGUGUGUAUAUACAGUCAAACUCUGUGUUUAUAAGUGAUUUAAGUCGGUGCUUUAUAAAUAUUAAACAUAAUAAUUUUAUCUAGUUUACCUGUAAAACACAUAAUCAUUUAUUUUAGAAAAACAGAAUUGCAGAAUCUGUGACUGGUAUUAAACAUUGUAUGUUAUUUUACCUAGUAAAUUCUUAAUUUAGACUUACAUGGCAUGGUUUGGAAAUAAUUACUUAUAAUACUUACAUAUGAACUGUAAACAUGUCGUUUUAUAGUUAAAAUAAAUUUAAAAAAAUCCUUCCAGUUCCUUUCACACAACAAUGUACAUUCACACAGAAAGCAUUCCCAGGGUCAGCUAUUUUCUCAAUUUUUCAUACAAAUGUGAUAAUAGACAUCUGAUAAUCUGAUAUAAUGUUAUUUCAUUAGAUCAGUUUUAUCCUUGUAAAGUCUAGUUAGAUAUUACAUUUAUGGAUAUGCUUUUACAGCAUCUCUAACAAUGAUUAACAUCUACAAAGCAGCUUCCAGGCUAUUUCAGUGUAGCUUGUACAAUUGCACUAUAUCUUCUUUGGAUGUGUAUGAUAUGUAUAUGGCGUGUUAAAGCUAUAUCGUCAACAACAAAUGCUUUUAACACAUAACAUUAUAUUGUUGAAUGCAGUUUUGUUGGCAUUUCAGACAUUUUAUAGCUCUUGUUUGUGAAGGUCUUGAUAUAAACACUCUGUUUAGCGAUUUCUCAUAUAUUAUUAAGAUGCUUGGGAAAUGCAUUACAGAGGAUAAUAGAGUGGCAGGAGAAAAUUAAUGUAUUGGAAAAUGUCCCAAUUUUUGAACAAAUACUCAUUUCCAAUAGAUUUCAACAAAAUAAGAUAGCAGCGUUAUACAGCUUUAUGCACUUGGAUUUUGAUUUGUAGAAUUUCUGCAAAAUGAGUUUGAUUGUAUAGCGACGGUAGUUAAAUGCUAUUUAAUAUUUACCAACGGUAAAUAUCCUUCAGCAUCUGCAUUUAUUAACUAGACUAGGCAUCUGCAUUUAUUAACUAGACUAGGCAUCUGCAUUUAUUAAUUAGAAGAGGCAAAUUAUAAAAAGCACAAUCAAAAACAACAUGUAUAGACAUAAAUAAAACCAUAAAGAUUACAAAUGUGUAGCAAAAUGAACUGCCACUCAUUCAAAAGUAAAGCAAUAUCAAUAACUAUUUUAAUAAUGUUUCAUCAAUAAUUCCACUUAUUUCGAUUAGAGCAAAAUGGCAAAUGUAAUAGCAUUUUCUAUGUAACUGCAUUGUUUUCUCCUAAAAUAUCACACGUAUAGUUUUCCACCCUGUUUAUACUUGCUUAUGAAUUCUGUGCCAUUUUAUGUAUUUAUAUAUUUUAGUUUUUCAUGUUUGUGAGAACUUUAAUUGUGUAACUUUUAUUGUGUUUCACUUCCAAACAGCACCUGCUGUUUGAUGUAUUAUGUUCCUUCCUACCUAGUUUAAAAAGAUAAACAGAUAUUUUACAUUUUGUUGCAGUGAGUGACAUUUGAAGAAGAUAGGACCAUUAACAUGUAUCUUAAUGCCAGUUUUUUUAUGUUAAAUAAUAUAGAGAUAUUUCUCUGCCUUAUCUCCAUGACUCAAGCAACUCCAUAGUGGAGAUCUCUCUUGCUACCAUGUUUAUGCCAAAUGUGUUCUCUUUCCUGGGGACUUCCUCAGAUUUCAGGAGAAAACGUACAUUUAUACGUAAAGAAAUAGUGAAUAAGCACAAGAACAAAGAAAACGACAACUGAUCCCAUACAUUUGAGUAUCAUAUUUUCUUCAAAAAUGAGCCUCAAGGAAAUGUAUCAUUAGACCAUGUGAUACACAAGGUGGAUAGAAAAUGAUAUAUUUCUAGACAGAAAAACCUCACCAUAAAAGAAGAAUGCCAUAGUACAACAGUGUUCUUUAAUACCAGUUUUAAUUCAUUCACUGAUGAAUUAAGACAAUUGUGCUAAAUAAAAAUGUAUUAAUUCAAGCUUGCUAUCUUGGUGGUGUAUUUAAAAAGAACAGACUGUGCAUUUUUGUUAGCACGCAUGCAUUUGAACAAUCUUCAAAAAAGGAGAGAUUUUCAAAAAAUAAGAACUUAGUUAAAAAAUAUCAAAACACAAUAUGAACUUAAUUAGCAUUGCAGUGCAUUGGCAAUCUUUGUAAUGUUCAUACUGUAGUAUAAGUUUGUAAUGCUACCAUUUCAGUAGCUGAGCUCACCACACGUUGCAGACUCUCUGCAGCCUUUGCUAGUAAGAGAACCUUAGCACUGCAUUUUUUAUUCUUUUAAUGCUCAGCUCCCUUUUAAAACUGCACACGUACUGACCCUAAGAAUUCCCUAAAAUGAAUGUUUCAUUAAACAAUUAAGUUUGAGAAUGGCUUUUUAUUUAUUUUUUAUUAUAUAGUCUCAUAGAAUAGUGGUGUCCACUUUUGAUCCAUCAGCUGUUAGUCACUACAGUAUUGUGGGAUUUGUAGUCAUUUCAGCAAUUGCUGUAGGGCCAAAGAUGACCUCCAGUGCCAUGGAAUGAUAUAUAAUUUAAGAACACAAAGAAUUUGCUUUAUAUUGCAAUCCACCUGUAAAUGUUUCAGCUUCAUAAUACUUGCUUCAUAGAUCAUUUUCUGCUUACAAAUGGAACAAGACAGAGUUUUCCAUUAUCCCCAUUAUUAUUUGUUAUGGCAAGAUAACCCCCAGCAGAACUUAUAAGACAAACAUCUGAUAUAGUAAUAAAGUCCACAAAAUAGGUUUAGUGGUGGAUGAUAUUCUAUUAUCACUUAAUAAAUCUAUUACAUCACUUCAUAAUAUUCUAAACGAGUUGGAGAAGUGUCAUAUUACAAGCUUAACCUUCAAAAACACAAGCCCUAUCAUUUAAUAUUCUAUGUUUUACAUUUUUGAUUGAGUAAGAGAAGAAUACACUUUUGAAUGGAAAAAAUUUUUUUUGAAUAUCUUGAUAUAAUUUAAUGUAAAAAGUAAAUCAAGAUGCAUACAAACAAUCUGAGAAAAACAUGGCCAACCUACAAAAAAAAAUGGAGAGAGGGUGUGAUGUUGAGCUCUCAUGGCUGGGCAGACUGACAUCUAUGAAGAUGAACAUCCUGCCCAAAAUAUUAUAUUAAUUCCUUAUUAUUCUCCUAUUUAUCAGUAACCUGCUUCAAUGAGAUUCAUUCAGCUAUGAUCAUAUGUAUGUGAAAAAAAAAAAAUGAGGGUAUAACUUACAACUUUACAGCAUCUUAAAAUAAAUGGUGGUUUAGGAGUUCCAGAUUUUCGCAAAUAUUCUCAUGCAACAAAUGCUGCCUCUGCUUUUGAAUUUAAUUAAAAUCCUACCAAACCAAGAUGGUUGGAGAUGAAGCCAGAUGAAUGAAAUCCCAUUUCCACUGGAUAAAUACUAUGGUUACCCAUAUCUCCCGAACCCCUGAACCGAAUGAGAUGAUUUUUUAAUAUGUUGUUCCCCCAGAAUAGGGCUAUCGGGGACACUGGAUUUAUGCAUGUACCCCAGGUAUUUGGGGUACAUCCAAAACUUGGGGAAAAAUGUGACUUUGUUAAUUGGGUUACAGGCUUAUCUGAGGGGAGGAGAUGUGUGGGAUGUACCUUAUGUUUUAUUGGUUGUUGUGUUAAUUAUGUGGGUGUCUCCCUUGCAUGGGCAGAAUCACAUAAAAGGAGAGUACCUGCCAUUAAAAUUCAGUUCUUCUUGACCCUUCAAAACGUAGCCUUGUCUCGUUCUUGAAAGGGGAUAUGCAGCUUAAUCACCUAGCUCUUUUAAGAGCUCUGCCUGACUAUUGCCUUGGAUCCAGUGGAUGGGAAUAAGCAACUCCACCACUACACAGCGACUUGAUGGGAAGAAAAGGACGUCUCCAACGGCUGAUACCCUCCUACUACCUGGGUAGCCGUUGCACUCAUCUACUCAGUGGGGUGGGUUCCCCAUAAAUAGAAGUUGCACUGAGUGAAGGUACUGCGUCAGAAGAAGAUGUCCCGAUCUCCCAACUAUAGCGGAGGCUCAGGAUCCCUGUCAGCGACAGAAGAAAGUGUAACUGCUGCUAGCUACGGCUUGUUGCCAGGAGCAGGGCAAAAAAGGGUUACAUAAACAUGCCAAGGCUGUGUAUAAAUUGGGGUUAUAAUAACACCAACUUCCAGACAGAAUAUACUAAUCACAUAUACUGAGGGAGUUUCUUAACAGUUCCUCAUACACAUGAUAAUAUCAGUCACAUACACUGAGGAUGUUUCAACAGUAAAUCAUAUAUAGCCUACAUCUGCUAUAUAUAGUGACAUUAUGCCUCCACACCAGAGCAUAUAUUAAGAUUAUAUGUGAGAGAGAUAAAUUGAGGCUGAGUUUUCGCAGAGCUUCAUGCACAGAUUAUACUACUCACAUAUACUGAAGAUAUGACUAACAGCAACCCAUACACAGAGCUUGUGUUAGAUGUAUAUACUUAAAGGACCACUAUAGUGCCAGGAAAACAUACUCGUUUUCCUGGCACUAUAGUGCCCUGAGGGUGCCCCCACCCUCAGGGACCCCCUCCCGCCCGGCUCUGGAAAGGGGUUUAAACUUACCUUUUUCCAGCGCUGGGUGGAGAGCUCUCCUCCUUCUCUCCUCCUCCGUUCCGCCCGUCGGCUGAAUGCGCACGCGCGGCAAGAGCUGCGCGCGCAUUCAGCCGGUCGCAUAGGAAAGCAUUUACAAUGCUUUCCUAUGGACGCUGGCGUGCUCUCACUGUGAAAAUCACAGUGAGAAGCACGCAAGCGCCUCUAGUGGCUGUCAAUGAGACAGCCACAAGAGGAUUAGGGGGAAGGCUUAACCCAUUAAUAAACAUAGCAGUUUCUCUGAAACUGCUAUGUUUAUUAAAAAAAUGGGUUAACCCUACCUGGACCUGGCACCCAGACCACUUCAUUAAGCUGAAGUGGUCUGGGUGCCUAGAGUGGUCCUUUAAGUUGUCUUCACAACAGCUCAUACACAUUUUACUAUUGGAUUCAUAUAUAGAGGAUGUGCCUUAUAUCAUACACACAGGGCCGUCUUUAAUUUUGAUUGCACCCUGGGCAAGCAUUUACUUGGGCCCCCUGACUAUAUAUAGAUACACACAAAUACACUACCUGACACACAUGCAGAUACACACUGACCGCAUGUAGAUACACACAAGAACAUACAGAUACACACAGACUACAUAUAGAUACACUGAAACACACAUAGACAUACACACAGAUAUAAACACUUACAUACAUGCAGAUACAAAGGUACACCCAUUGACUACAUAUAGAUACACACACACACUGACCACAUCCAGACACACAGAUACACAACCUAAAACACAUGCAGAUAUACAGAUACAAACACUGACACAUACAGAUACACACACAAACGGAAAACAUACAGAUACAGAGACACAUUCUGACAGACGUACUGACACAGACAGUCAUACUGAAACACACAUACACAAAGACAUACUGAACCACACAGACACUGACAUACAGAUACACUGACAGACAUACUGGCACAUAUACACACAGAUAGACGGACAUACUGAAACACACAUACACACAGACAUUGACAGACAUAUUGACAAACACAGACAUACAGAACCACAUGAACACUGACAGACUCACACAGACAUACUGACAGACAUACAGACAUUCUGGCACACACACACACAGACAGACAUACUGAAACACACAUACACAUGUACAGACAUUUUGACACGCACAGACAGCCAUACUGAAACACACAUACACAAAUACAUACUGAACCACACAGACACACAAACACACAUAUAUUUUCUGGCACACUGACAGACAUACUGGCACACAUACACACAGACAGACAGACAUACUGAAACACACAUACACACAGACACUGACAGACAAACACACAUACAGACAUUUUGACACACACAGACAGCCAUACUAAAACACACAUACACACAUACAUACAUACUGAACCACACAGACAUUGACAGACUCACACACACACACAGACAUACUGACACACUGACAGACAUACACACAUACACUGACAGACAUGCACACACACAGACAUACUGACACACUGACAGACAUACACACAUAUACAGACAUACUGAAACACACAUACAGACAUACUGAACCACACAGACACUGACAGACUCUCACACACACAGACAUACAGAUACACUGACAGACAUACUGGCACACUAACAGACAUACACACAUACUGACACACUCAUGCAAAAUUUGAUAACCACCCUCCAGUUUCUUACCUUUUUCUGGAGGGUGGCUUCCCUGGGGUUCAGUGGGCUGGCUGGGGUGACUGGGAGUUAAGCUCUCCCGGCCUGGCCCCCUCCGGAACAGCUGGUCCUCCUUCCUCCCGCGCGGCUCCUGUUUCUGUAGGAGGAAGUGACGCACGGCUGUCACUUCCUCCCAGUGCUGCCGAAAAGCAAGGGCCUGGUCGCGCUGUUAAAGCGCCACAGCGCCCGACCGGGCCCAUGCUGACACAGGCCCACUGGGUGGCCCUAAGUGCAUGGGCCACCCGAUGGGCUCCCAUAGUUUGCGGGCAGAGGGCAAACAGGGCAGUUACCUCGGGCCCCCCUAGCAGGGACAGGGCCCGGGGCAGCUGCCCUGUUUGCCCCGCGUUAAAGACAUGUGUAUGCUCCAUCCGGAGCAUACACAUGUACUGUUGUGUUUCCAUAAUAAUACAUCAAGCAUAUAGUGGACCGACUUACAUAUGGAGCAUGUAGAGGACAUAUACUGAGGCCGUGUUUUCACAGUAACUCAUACAUAGAGCAUUUAGUGAACAUACAUCGAGGCUGAGUCUUCAGACCAACUCAUACAUAGACCAUAUAAUGUAUACAUAUACAUUGGCUGUGUCCUCAUAGUGGCUCUUACGUAGAGCAUAUACUAGACACACACUAAAGCUGAGUCUUCAGACCAAUUGAUGCAUAGAGCAUAUAGUGGAAACAUACUGAUGCUGUGCUUCAAACCAGUUCAUGUACAGAGAUGUUUAUUCACAUAUACUGAGACGGUGUCUUUUCACCAGCUCAUAUAGAGAGGAUAUCAUGGUCUCAAAUGCUGAUAUAGAUAAGCAAGAAGAUUUUAAACUAUAUAUUUUCUUCCACUCUCUGAAAAAGCAUGCUUAUUUGCUAUAAUGCACAGAUAACAGCAAUCAAUGCCACGUGCCUUGAUAGAAACAAGUGUGUGUGUGUGUGUGUGGAACGUUUUCUCUCACCUUGGAUAUUUCUCUGUCUUCAGGACUUUGGAAUACAGGCAGUCUUUAUACAGCCAUGGUAUCCAUGAUCAGCACUCUUGCACAAUGCAUCCUUGCAUGUAUCAACUUACCUAAAUGCUCACCACAUAAACCUCCUAAAUGUGACCUAUUUGUUAGAAGGAAGCAUAAUGCAAACAACGGGGAGGGACUGAAAGGACAGAAACCCAGGUGCCUAUACUAGUCUUUAAUCUAAAUUACUAAUACACUUACCUGAACAGCUGCAGGCCUGUGUUUCAGUGGCAAAUGUGGAUUUGAACAACUGACAGACUAAACUGUUUAAACUAUAGGCUUCCAUCUGUACCCCAUAUGCCAUGGAAGAAGGUUUAAAACAGACCUCGGAUAUGGUGGUAUACAUAAAAGUGGCAUACCCAGAUAAUCACCUUAUAGAAGUGCGGGUCACUGGGUCUUCAGGGAAACGAGUCUUAGACUCGGCUGGACCUCAUGUAUGCAGUGGACCGCUGUCAUCCCUUCAGGGAGACAGAUAGGUCAGACCCCAGGUUGCAGAAGGAGGUACCCAGGCAGAUGUUCUGUUUGCUGGGUCUUCAGGGAUAACAGGUGGAACCCUGGCAUGGCUUCAUGUAUGCCGUGGACCGCUGUCAUUCUUUGAGGUGAAAGAAUUGUGUCACUAAAGGGGUUACCCAGGCUGGCGACUCAUAGAGAUGUGCUGUUGCUGGGUCUUCAGGGAUUAGAGGCUGAACCCUGGCAUGUAUGUGUGAUGGAUAGAAAUUAAUGUGAGUAAAAUGUCUAUUUACUAUGUGUACCUGUGCUCAUUCAUUACUCAAAAUGGCUGCUAGAGCACCUCCUCCCAUCGAACAAGACCCUCGUGUAGUAAGAUGGCGUCUCCAUCCGGAGCUACACCUAAGAUGAUGAUGACAUCAACACCCUGGAGGAAGUCCAUCGUGAUAAAACACUUAACAUCUAACCAAUUAAAUGUUUACUUACUAAAACACCUAACACUUAACCAAUUGAAAAGUUUACUUUCUGUAUUUGCACACGUUGCAUUAUUUUGCCUUUUUAAGGGGCUACGCCACCCUCCGACAAUAUACUUGGAAGUUUUCAUUUUAACUGAACUUUUGGUGUCAGUGUGAUUUCUUCAGCGUGCACGCAUCAUUUCACUUUACAUAUUUGGACAGGGGCAGAUAUUCAAGCAAGCAUUGCAUAUGUUUUGAUCUAAAACAUAUGCAAUGGGCCAUUUACAUCCCCUGAGGGAGAGAUUGGGUCUGACCCCUGGUCACUUAAGGGGGUUCCCAGGCUGGCCACUCUUACAAUAGUGCUGUUGCUGGGUGUUCAGGGCUUAGAGGCUGAACCCUUGCAGGGCUACAGAAGUAUUGCCUGGUGAGCAUAAAAGAAAAAUCUAGGCCCUCUUAAGCAGACUACUUCCAAACUGCUGUGAAGGACAUGAUAAAGACUGCCUGGUGGGAAAGGGGAGGAUCUAUUAAUUCCAAUUUUAGAGUUCUAUUUCCUGUCCUUUCUGCUGUGAGGUGAUGAGCUGACCCAUAUGUAAAUGCUGCCAUGAUUGAUCAGGAAAUUAUGUUUUUGGCAGAGGAACCCUCGAAUAAGAAGAUGUGUCUACAUGUUUUAGCUAUGUGGUGAUGAGGUUUUCAGUGAGUGGUUCUCGGCCCAUUUCUUAUUGCAUGGAUUAUCUUUGUUAUGGGGUAAAUGUUUGAACAGUUAAUGGCAAAUGUGUAUAGCAGCUUUUAGCUUACAGGGCAGAACAACUUAUUUUUUCACGUAUCAAGUCUGUGUUUUAAGCUAGAUUUUAAAUGUAAGGUUACUAAACUUUUUUUUUUUUACAUUUAAUGAUGUUUAUUUCCACAUACUUUAUGUUGUCUCUUGUAGUAAAACGGAUGCAAUGCACAUCUAGUUAAUCUUUGUCUCGGAUAUCAAGAGUUUGUGUGUCUUGUUUAAAAAUAGAAUACCAGGGCAGACAAUAUGGUAUAUAUUUUUCAUGAAUAUGGAAUAUAUUUUUAAGUUUAUUUACAAAUCAUUUUAGGGCAUGAGGUGAGUUAUGAGGUGUGUAAAAAAAUAUUACAUACUUAUACAUUGCUUUAAAGCAACAUGCUUAGCAAUGCUAAGAAUUAUUAUGCUACAUGCAAAAUAUGUAAUCCAUCAGCUAACAGAUACCAGCAGUAAUAACACCAUUAUUGAACCAACCAGAUCACAUUUAUAAUCAUUUAUUUUAACAUUCUAUCUCCCUUAUUUGAAGUCACUGACAAUGAAUGCUCAAUAUCAACUGGAGAAGUCAUCACGGUCACUGGAUACAAAGUCCAAAAAGUCAGAGCACAUAUUCAUAGCAGUGAAUACGCCGAUACUGUGGAACUGCCUCUUAAUUUUCCAGGUACUGUGUAAAUAACCUUUCUUGAAUAUAUUAUUACAAUAUAAUCCAUCCCAAAAAAAAUGAAACAUGCACUGAAAUAUUCAGCUUUUUUGGUAUCAACAUUGCUGUUUUUUGGAUAAUGUAAUGCAUGACCCUGAUGGUGAUUUGAUAGUAAGCCUUGUUAACCUAGGUUUCUGAAUUAUAUUUGCCAUAAUCCUUAGUCAGGCAUAGGGCAUCUGUAGUAUCAAUGCUGUCUCAUGUGCUGUCUCUCUUACCGUUAUACUUAAGUUUAAAAAAAAAACACUCAGAGCACCAUAACCACUAUAGCACACUGUAGUAGUUAUGGCACUCCUCCCAUUGUAAGGAGGUAAACUGUUUUUGAACCAUUUUACAUCAUAGAUGUGGUACAUUGGGCACCAUUCCCUAGCUUUUUUUUUUUUACUAUUGUUGCAGAGCUGGAUGUUUCUAAGCAGAGACAUCCAUUUGCUCUUUUGAUUUAAAGGGACAUUAUAGUCACCAGUGCAACUACAUGUAUUCCUGACCCUAUCGUGUUAAAACCACCAUCUAGCCCCCCUGGGCCCCUCAUGCCUCCAUAAAUAUAGUAAAAAUCUUACUGUAUUCAAGCCAGAAGCUGUAACUCUGCAUGGUGUUUGCCUAAAAAAAACAAAGCAGUCUGCUGACAUCAUCAGAAGUGGUAGCCUGAUCCAACCACAAUGCUUCCCCAUAGGAUUGGCUGAGACUGACAAAGAGGCAGAUCAGGGACAGAGCCAGCAUGAUUCAAACACAGCCCUGGCCAAUCAGCAUCUCCUCAUAGAGACGAAUUGAAUCAAUGAAUCUCUGAGGAAAGUUCAGUGUCUGCAUGCAGAGGGAGGAGAUACUGAAUCACAGGAUGCUGUGCACAGUGCUGCCCUGUGCUCUGCUGACAGCAGGUCUGAGUGGAUGGAGGCAUAUUAUGCCUCCAUCAACUCCGAAGUCCCUCUGGUUCACUUUGACUGACUGCAACUGGAGGUGUUACUAGCUUUCAAUGUAAACACUGUAUUUUCCCAGAAAAUACAGUGUUUACAUGAGAGAGGCUACAAGGAGCUAUAGUUCUCACCUGAACAACCUCAUUAAGCUGAAGUUGUUCAGGUGACUAUAGUGUCCCUUUAAGCACUGCGAUGAAGGAAUGAGCUAAUUUGUCUGAAACAGAUUAAUGGAGCGGCACCAGGGCAAUGCUGACACUGUAGUCUCUUUAGCAAACUGUAGUUGUUAUGGUGCUUGCAGUGUUCAUUUAACCCCUUAAGGACACAUGACAUGUUGGUUAAUGGUAUUUUUUUGUUACAUGAAAAAGUUACAUCACUCAAUUGCUAAAUGCUUAUUUGAUAUCUAAUAUCAAGUAUAAUAUUUUAAUCAUGCAGGUACCACUGCAAUCUAAUGUUAAGCAACAUGUUUGUUUGGACUUACAUUGCUUUAUAAAAAUGUUGUAAACUCACAGAAAAGAUGAGCUGCUAAAUAUUUAUUGGCUAUGCCCACAAACAAAACAAUCAAACCAAAUGGUGCAAUCGCAUUCCAUUCCAUUGAGUUUAAAAGAUUUUAAAUUCCUAACUAUUGAUAUGUAAAUUGAUGUAUAAUGGAAUAUAGACAGGGUAUAAUAGGAGAGACGACACAUCAAGAUCAUUUAAUCCCUUCAAAACUAAACCAAACCACAAAAAAUAUUAGCAUUAACAUUUGUUGAAAACCUUAGAUGCAUAUCUAGGACAUAAAUGUACACUGAUCAGCCACAACAUUAAAACCACUGGCAGGUGAAGUGAAAAACAUCAAUCAUAUAGUUGCAAUUGCACAUGUUAAAGGGUAGAAUAUACUCAAUUCUUUAUUUAGUUAUAGAGAAAGUCAAUGGCAAAAUAUGUAGUAGAUGCCCGUAAAGAAUUUUUCAUUUUUGUAGUAAAAGCAGAAUAACAAGUAAAAGUAAUUUCAAUACGUGUCUGUAGCGGCUUUACAGAGAAUGCAAGAUGAACAACACUCUUUUACAGGCAUUAUAUAACAGUGAUUAAUAGUAGUUACUUGACAAGUCAGCAAAAGUUAUCUGAUAGUAAGAGAAUGCAGUGUUUAACAUAGACACAUGCAGCAAGGGGUGGAAUAUAUUAGGCGGGGGGAACAGUCAUUUCUUGGAUUUCAUGUGCUGUAACCAGGAAUAAUUGGUAAGUGAAAACAUCUGAGUGACUUUGACAAGGGCCAAAUAAUAGUGACUAGAUAACUGGGUUAAAGCAUCUUUAAAAUAGCAAGUUUUGUGGCUUGUUCUUGGUAUGCGUUGGCUAGUACUUACCAAAAGUGGUGCACGGAAGGCAAAGGGUCGUGGGCACCCAAGGCUCAUUAAAACCAUGUGGGAAGCGAUGGCCAGCCCAUUUGAUCCAAUCAUAGAGAACAGCUACUGUAACUCAAAUGGCUGAAAAACUGCAGGUGUCAGAACACAUAGCGCAUCACAGUCUGCUGAGUAUGGGGCUGCAGACCAAUUAGAGUGCCCACAAUAAACCUUGUACACCACCAAAAAGGCUUCCAAUGUAGACGUGAGCAUUAGAACAUGGAGCAAUGGAAGUAGGCUGCCUAGUCUGAUGAAUCAUGUUUUCUUUUAGCUCAAAGGGAUGGCUGGGUGGAUGUGCAUCGUUUACCUGGGGAAGAGAUAGCAGCAGGAUGCCCUAUGGGAAUAAAGCAGGCCUGCAGAGCCAUUGUUAUGUUCUGGGCACUGUUCUGCUGGGAAACCUUGGGUUAUGUCAUUCAUGUGGAUGUUACUUUGACAUGUACCGCCAGGCCGGUGCUAGAUUAUUUUGUGCCCAAGGCAAGACCAACUACUUGCACCCCCCAAAACAAAACUGGUAACUUUGAUUCUUAAAAACAGUUUAUAGAAUAAAAAAAUGAAAAACAUAAAAUGUGAAACUACUAUGUUGUCCCAGCUUCUCUGUAUGACUCUUGGCCCCAGCCCUCUGUGUGUCUUUUUGCCCCCAAACCCUUCUGGGUGCCCCUUUGUUCCCCCAGUCCUAUCUGUUUGUCUUUGCCCCCAGUCCCUCUCUGUGUCUCUCUAUCUGGCCAGCUCCUCUGUGUAUCUCUUUGUCUCUGACAGCCCCUCUGUGUGUCUCUUUGUCCCCCAGUCCUCCGUGUGUUUCUUUGUCCCCCUUAGCCCUUCUGUGUAUCUAUUUGGCCCCCCAGCCCUCUGUGUGUCUAUUUGUCUGCUUGUGCAACCUUCUGUCACUUUUUUGUUUCUUUCCUUAUGUCCCUCAUAUUUUCUCUCUUUCUCUCUCUCUCUCCCCCCCCCAGUCCUUCGAAAUCUCUAACAGUUUUUCUCAUUGUCAUUGCCUUAGAGCCUGUCACAGUCUAUACCUAUCUGUCUCCCAGUUCCUGUCCUCCAAAGUCUGUCACAGUCUUUACCUGUCUUUUUUUCCCAGCAUCUGUCCCUCACAAUCUUUAACAGUCUAUGCCCUAUCUCUCUCUCUGUAAGCCACCCAUGGUCUUUCCCUGUUUUCUGAGUUCUUGUCCCUCACAGGCACUUAUCUCUCUCUCAGUGUCUUACAGUGUCUGUUUUUCUCCCAGUGUCUAUCAAUUAGUGUCUAUCCCUGACUGUCAACUUUCACAUUUUCUGUUUACAAGAUUCUCUACAUUUCUAACAAUUUAUGCUAUUUAUAUUUACAUUACAAACUCAGUCUCCAUUCUAUUAUUAUCUUGUGUCUGGUAGCGAGAGCAGGACUGAGAGCAAAGCAGUCAGUACAGCAGAGUUAUCUCUCCAUCUCUUUCAGGGUCAGACAACUUAUUCAUAGCUGUACAUAAAUCACAGAGAAGGCCUGGGACAAGGCUAAAUGGUGUGUGGAGUCUAUAUCAUUACCGUGAGAGAGGAUACAGGAUUUAAUAAGGGGGUGCUCCAUUGCCUUGUGACGUGCAUGGCAUUAAGUGUGGGUCCCUGGCUGGCACACAGGGCUGAUGCAAAGAUUUCUGCUGCCUUAGGCAAAGAUGCAUUUUGCCGCCCCCUCAUGUCACUCACUCACUGACAGACACACACUGGCAGACACACACUCACUGACAGACACAUACAGACACGCACUCACUGACAGACAUACGCUCACUCACUGACAGACAUACGCUCACUCACUGACAAACAUACGCUCACUCACUGACACACAUACGCUCACUCACUGACACACAUACGCUCACUCACUGACACACCCACAGAAACUCACUGAUAGACAUACACUCACUCACUGACACACACACACACACACAUUGACAGUCAAACACUCACUCACACACUCACUGACAGACACACACAAGAGCUACUCGCCGAUGCUGCAGCAGCCCAAGACAGGAGAGCCCACCAGGAAAUAUCCCGGUAGGCCCCCCAGUAGGCCAGCGUCCUAGGCGAAUGCCUAGUUCGCCUAACGGUUGCGCUGGCCCUGCUGGCACAUUUCUCUCCAGUGUACAUCCAACAGUAAGGAAGUGUGCAACGCUGCUCCCACUGCAAAUAAACCAAAGGACCAACAUUACCAUACAUUCCUAUGGAACUCCAAACCCGAAUAUAGUAAUGUAGCCCUACUUAUUUGGGCUUUUAUAAUUUGUUAACUCAAAGUGAUGCAACCUAGUAAUCAAGUACCAAAUUUCAGUGUGUUUUGAUGUAUAAAUUGACAGGGGCUCAGUGAAUAUAUAUAAAUAAAACUUAACAUUUUGUCACUUUUUUCCAAUAUUCCUCUUAGGCUUGUUUAAAAUUGUUCCUGAUAAAACCUCUUAUUAUUCCAUUGAAGAGAUAGUGAAAGCACUACAUGUUGGUCACACGCGAUUUGGACAUCCAGGCUUUUAUAGCUGUUCUAAUUUACAUGUGGGAACAGUAACUGUUUGCCAGAACGAGGAAAUCAUUAUCAAAUCUGUAGAGGAUUCAAAUGGAGUCAUGUCAGUUAACUGUGAAGUGUUUAUAAAUGGAGAACGUCAAUGCUUUGUAUUACCUUUGUCAUACAAAGGAGAGUUCUAUGAAUAUAAAGAUGAGAAAAUAUACACAUUGAAGGAGAUAACGGACUGGAAAAUUCCAAAAUGUAGAAAAAGGACUGUAAUUCUUACAGAUCUUACAAAACUACUGGAACUCACAAAACUAUUUCCCAAUGCUUCUAAUGCAAUGAUGACCCUAGAGCCAGUUUAUGAAAUUCAAGCACUGCUGGAGUGUAAGUACCAACCUAAUAUUAAAUUAUUUUAUAUUCAAUCUGAAGUUGCAUCAAAUUAAAUUUAGAUUCAUAUUAUGCUUCUAUCUUCAAAUACUCUUUGGAGUACUUUGUACUUUGCAAAUUAAUAUAGAAUGUAUGCUUUAAAAUGUCAAGAAAGUUAAAAGGGAUAUAGCACUUAUGAUAAUAUUUGGGUGUUUGGGUAUGUUGGGUAUCACACAUUUGGUCAGAACCGUAAGUAGGUUUUGAUAAUGUGUUUUCAUUCAGGAAAUUUACACUUUGCCAUUGUAGAUAACCAUACUGUGCUUUGUGUUUCUUGUGUGUUCAUCCAAAUACAGAAAAUGUUUUUACAGUUUAAUAUAUAAUAGAUAUGCAUAAUUAAAUAUACAUUUAAUUAUGCAUUUUUUUUUUAUUGGGACUAUAUCUAAAACCAGCUUGCAAAAGCUGCAGAUCUCUUGUCUGCUGCCUUUGCAAGCCCUGCCCUUUUUCCUAGUCCAGACUUUAUGUGACUGUCCAAUCACAGACUUCCCAAUGCAGCUCAAUUAGAAGUCCUUGCAAGGCAGGUGCUCUGGGGAAAUGUUGCCUUUUGAGUUUAGCUUCUCUGAGCUAAACUAUCAAGAAAUAGCAUGAUCACAAGGGAGUGUAACAAGGUUAAUUUAUAAAAAAGUAAAAUUUUUCAUUGAAAUCUGCACUUAUUGUAAAAUGUCAAAAAAAGGACAUACUCUUUACACAUAAUGCACUUCAGAAAGCUUAGGGUUCUAGAGUGUCCAUUUAAUUACUCUUUGAAUCAAAGUAUUUGGUAUGUUGUGAUUUUAUUGCUAAAAAGGUGUUUUGAUUAAUUUUGUAUUCUUGGUUGUAACAUUACAAAAUGUAGAACUAUCCAAAUGGUGUGAAAAUGUAUGCAUGGCACGUUCACCUUGAAAUCCUGAGUUAUAAGGAUACGUUUUAAGAACAUAGAUCAAUAAGUAUGUCUUGGAAAGUUGAGGGCUGUGAAGUUUCACCAGUAGAACUUGCUCACUGUAGGUAUUUAAACUGGUCAACAUGAUCAAACUGUCUGGCUGAGAAGGUUAUUUUUAAUCUAUACAUUCUAAAUCCUCAGUAAAUGUACUGACAGAAAUGUAUAUUUAUUUGAAAUGUUCUUCCAUUAAUAUGAAUACGACAUUUAUGAUAUAUAAUAUGGCAUUAUUAUUAGGACCUUAUUAUUUCUAUUCUUUUAAUAUCUCUGAUACCACAAUGGUCUUUGUUCAUGAUGGACAUGUGUGGAGAUGAAACAAAACCCUUACCAGACAAUUUCUAUAUUUGAUUGAGCGUCUGUCUGACAAUUAUUAUUGGAGGUAGGAUGAGUUAUCCUACACUGAAAUCAAGUGAUCUUGCCAUAACUGAUUGAUGUAUUAGUUAUAUUCAGAUUGAUAUUAUAUUAAUAUAUAUAUAUAUAUAAUGUAAAAACAGGGGAAGGUACCAGCGCUAAUAUUCUGACAAUGAUCAAAUUCAACAGUAUAAUAGCCCAACUAAUGGUCAGCUGCUAUAUCACCUAGGUCUUAUCUUUCAACAACAAAGUAUAGCUAGUGUGAAGGUGAAGCGCUAUAUUAUAUAUGGGUGAAACCAAAAUAGAAAGUGUUCCGUGCAGUGGAGAGCAGAGAUAUAAUUCAAAAUCCCUUGACUUGUUUUAUACAAAUCACAAUGGUUCAUAUGCAGUUCCCUAGAAACAUAAGCAAAAAAAAAAAACAAACAUAGUGCAAACUGUGGUACAAAGGUAAGUAUAUACAAAGGAGAAUAUACAUUUCGCACUCACACUUUCAGUAGCUAAAUAUAUAUAGCUCAAUAGAAUCGCUUUCGGGGUCCGUAAAGGCAACCCUUAUCCCUUCUUUAAUAUGCGUUCUUCUCUCUCUUGUAUUCUAUAAUAUAUAAAGAAGAGCACAUAUGGUGCAAUAACGUAGGUCUUAUUUCUUGUGAUAAGUAAGGUAAAUAGGGUACUUACAAACCCAGAGCUAUCCACAUUGGCUCUGAUCAAAUAGCAUAUGUGGUUAAGGACCACAAUCCUUCUUUAAAAAUAGCAGGAAAAUGCCAAUAGUGACUAUAAAAGAUAUAUAAACUUUAUUGUACUAUUACCAAUAAAAUGUAAAAAACUAUUAUAAAAUAACACUAUAUGGGCAUAAAAGUCCAGUAAUCCAAAAUCUGUUCCUCACAGUAUUCUCAGGACGCGUUUCGCCGUGAAGGUUUCCUCAGCCAGAUGUGAAAAAGUCUUUGUGUGUGUGUGUAUAUAUGUAUAUGUGUGUAUAUAUGUAUAUGUGUGUAUAUAUAUAUAUAUAUAAUGGAUCAUGAACAUAAAUCAUAUAUUCCAUUUAAUGUUUUUAAAAAAAUAAGAUACUUAUCCUGAUGUCAAAAAUGGUGUUAGAGCAGACUGUGCAUUUCUGAAGGAUCAAUAUCUAGAAAAUAAGUAAUUAUGUUUUCUAAAUUUUGCAUGAUUAGUUGCUCAGCCAUUCAGCUGCAUCUCGGCCUCAGUAAAAAGGGAAGUGGAAAGGGUACUGUACACAUUAUUUUAAUUAUAUCAUUAUCCAUCACCAGACUAAUAGUUUUUAUUGUAACAAAACCUGCGGUAGGGGGUGCUUCCACACCUGCCCCCUGGCUCGUGACUCCAAUUUCCAUUCAUAUAAAGGUGCAAGGCAUUGCCACUACACUGAAUUGCUGCACUUACUGUAAUAGAGAGCAGUACUGCUUGUGUGAGAGUUACCUGCUCUUUACCUAUCAAUUAUAUUUUGGCAUUCACAUUAUGUCAACUGUAUAGUGAUGUAUGGUGCAAAUUCUGAGAGGGUUGACUUAAUUUAAUCUUGUUAUUUUGUGAAAUGUUUGGCUUGAAAAAUGUAUAGAAAUUGAAACAAUAUACAUUUCAAAUGUUUAAACAUAUUGAAUAUAUCUUGUGCAAAAAAUAUGUCAUAGUUAGAUUGUUCAUUUGACUAUGUUUAUUUUUUUCCAGUUGGGAAAGACAUUAUUAAUCUUUUAACGGAUCUUGAUAUAGAAGUCCUGGAUAUCACCCAAAAGUUUGAUGUAGAAUAUUUUAUUCAAAUUUUAACAACACAUGAAAUCUUUGAAAGAACCUCCAAAGAAUUUCCCAUGAUUGCCGAAAUUAUAGAAGGCCCAUUAAGAAGUCACACCGCUUACAGGUUAUUACAACAUGGGAAAAAGAUUAUAAUUCAUGCAAAAUACCAAGCGGAUCGUGUCAUUGCUUCAGAAUUAAGAAGUGAUACAGCAAAUAAACAUUUUCUGAUACCAUCGUCUUACAAGGGGAGGUUUAAAAGGAGACCCCGUUUUUUCCCAACUGUCUACGAUUUAAAUAUAGCGAACAGAGAAACAGAUAAUCUUCAUGUUGUGGCAACAAAGGCAUUUCAAUCAUCCCACCAAGAAUUCUCUUCAGUAAAUGUUGGAGAUCAGUUUCAGGCAAAACAUUUCCAAUCUUGUAAAAUAAAAUCUGAUGGUAAAACAACCAUAGUAGAUGCAUUAGUCUGUGCAAAAAUGGAAAACAAAUGCUGCGUAAAGUCUACUAUUCCACUAUAUGUGGAAGGCGGCUUUAUGGAGGUGGUGCAUGAUAAAAGACAAUACUACGUAUCAGAACUAUGCAAAGAUUUUCAGUUACCUGUGAAUGUUAAAGUCUCUGUGAGGGAUCUGUUUACUGUGGCAGAAGACAUUUUAGCUGCAACAUCAGUACUACAACUUGAAGAGCAGAUAACAGACUCUUACCUGCUUGUUAGUUUGUUAGACAACCCUAAAGAGGUAUGGGAACUCCCAGUUCACCGUGUCAAUUUAACUGUUCGCUUGAUUGGCAACUUUUAUGGUGAUACGUAUUUCUCACCAACAAGGACCAACGUAGAGGAAAUUAAUGAGGAAGAAUACUAUAUGCUGCGGAGAUAUGAAAGCCAUGUUCACCACCCACCACCAAGGCCUCCAAAGACCCCGGUAAAUACUUCUAUCAUUGAAAACUCUGUGAUCAGUGAAUCGAACCAAGAUAUGAUAUCUGAGGUAUAUUUUUUAUCAAUAUUUUUCACAUUAUAAGCUAUUUAAAAUUGUAUAUGUUUUCAGGUGAUUGCACAUUUUUGUUUAUUCAUGUGAUUUACUCAGAUAAAUACAUACAUUUACAGAAAGUGAUACAUAGUUUUAACUGAUUUGCUAAACAUAAAAUAUUCUAUAAGGAAGGUUAAUCAAGUAUACUUACAGGUUCUAGAGUGUCAAAUAGCAUAUGUAUUUACGCACAGUACAUAUUACUUUUAGGGUAUAAUGUAGACACAUGUGCCUGUAAGUUGUUUAAUACAAUUAAAGAGAUUCUAUAGUGUUAGGGAAAUAAAUUCUGUAUUCCUAACGUAGGUCGUGUCGCUGGCCGCCCGCUUAUGGAGCCAGGGUGGAGAUAGUAUCUCCUAAUCUGAACUGUGAAUGUUGAGCUAAAGUAAAGUAAACACUAACGAGGGAGUAAAUGUAAAAGUUAUGCAUACAUGCGUAUAAAACUGGUAUAUAUAAUGUGCCUAAGAGGCCUUCAACUGGGAGUUCUAGUCCCCACUACAAAGUACAUCAUGGAAUGUUGUAGGGGUGAGCGUCCGCUCAGCUCAAGUUGGGGGGUCCGUCGCCCUUGGUACCAUUCCCCUGGGCGCAAAGGGGGUGACUUCAGCGAGAUUCCACGAUGGGCGGGCGCUUGUGUUCACCGCUGGCGUUGAGAUGCCUAUUGACUGGAAGAAAGUUUGUGCCGCUGAAGCGCUCAUUAGGAGGUGUGUCUUACUGUCAUGGUCCACCAUCAGUCUGUGGGGACCCCAUUUGUAAGGGAUAGAAUUUUCUUGUAGGUGCUGCGUAAUGUGGCGGAAGGUUCUGCGCCAUGUGAGGGUGUGUCUCUGUACAGUGCUCCUUGAAAAGUAAUUGUGGGGGAACCCCGUGCUGCUCCCAUAGGGCCCCCUGUCAGAGUACCGAACCAAUUUAAAUAAUAUAUCCCUCGGGGCCUUUGUCGCUUUAGGGAGUCGGAAGCAGGAGUCAAUUCCAACCUGUUUAGCCUGUUUUGGGAGUUACAAAGUGGCUAUCAGCCUUCUGCAGUAGUGUGGCAAUUCUGCGGUAUCGAUUGUUUCAGGUACCCCAAACAUCCCCCUGAUUUCCAACAUCAUAGCCUUUAUAUUGGCUCUCGUGGAUGGUGCCAGGUCGCCUAGGUCUGGUGGCUGCUGGGGCUUAGUUUGUACCUUAGACUUUGCAGGUAGGGAGUCCGGUAAGCUGUCGUCAUCUGAGGACUGCGAGGUAAAGGCCUCUGCCGGCGCCAUCUUGGCGGGCUCGAGGCGCUGGGUCGGGCGCAUGAAAGUGCCUAUAUCUCUGGAUCCGGAGCUUGGUUCCUGGUUUUUUACUUUUUAACCCCAUGGUCCAGGGCUUUUUCUCGGGGCCCCGUUGUGGAUUUAGCCUCCGUUUUAGCCGUAUUAUCAGGUCGGCUGUCAGAGCUGCGGUAAGCUGCGACUUUCUCGUUCAGGUGCUGGCUCCGCCCCUCAUGAACAAUAGUUUUAAGUUCCAUUUGCCCACUGGCAGUGCUAUCAGCCAGUGAGAAAAUUGUUAAAAACCCUAGGCGGUGUGAGAGUCAGUUAUGUGGUGUCUGGCCAGCUGUUGCUAACAAUCCGUCACAUAAAAAAAAAAAAGAAGAAAUAAAUAAAUUUUAAAAUCCCAUGAGUUUCAAUAUGACUCCCAUAUUACAAUAAUGGAGGGUUUUAACCUUCCUAUUCCUCCACCUGGCAUGCCCUUUGAUGCCAUAUCUGCCUGAAGUAUGAAACUAUUGCUACCCAGCAUUGCUGCUUAAAAUACUACUGCCCAGUGGCUACAAAGGCAGUGCUUCUCCAUCCAGGUGGCUAGGGGUCCUCAAACCCCUAGCCACCCACCAUUGAAAAUAAGGAACCCUUAUAAUAGUGAGUUUGGCAAUAAAACAAAUACAUGUUAAAAAAUAUGUUAUACUUAUCACCGAAGUCAACUUUUGUCUAACUUUUCUUCGGUCCCAAAAAAGGCCAAUUUAAAAUUCAAAAAGUCUGAGUCAACUAAUGAAAAUAAAAAAGAUUUGCCAAAGAAAACAACAAAAUUCCUGAAAUUUAAAAAAAAAAAAAAAUAUGACUCAAUAAAAUUCUACUCUGAGAUUUGAAGUCUGUUCUCUAUAAGUCCAACUUUAUUUCUCAGCCUAUGUCGCAUUCCACGUAUUGCUUAUCUAUUAUAGCUUUUUAGGUAUACAGAUCUAUAUAGUCAGUAUUCUCAAAAACGUGUGGCGGAGUUCCUACCAUAAAUGUUUUACAUUUUUCAGUUGUUCGCCAAAAAUGUUUAUAUAAACAUAUUAUUUAAUGUCACUACACUGUUAGCAUUUUAAUUUUUAUAUAUCCUUCCAUUCCACUACGAUGACUGUAAUCUUCAUCAGUCAGUGGAGAGAAUCCUGCUUUUUUAUAUUUUUUCUUGUAUUUUUGAUAGAAUCUAUAACAAUGACUGCUAUUUUUUUAUUUAUUUUUUUAACAUUCAAGAUGGCAAAACUGUAUUUUCAUUUCAUCGGCUGUCUUCAUAGGCUUCAGUGGCUACAGUACUUAGGAGAGCAUAUCUUUAUUACUUUAUUGUGCUUUUCUUUAUUGCUUUACAAUGGCACUAUAUUUCCAGCAGUUUGCACAUUUACUGAACGAUUUUGAUUGAUUGCAUUUUUCAUAUAAAAAGCUGAAUUUCAAAGUAAUAAACAUAUCAUAAAAGAGAAUGGAUGUGUUUAUUUCCUGAUGAAACAUUUUUCCAACCCUGCUGACUUUUAACUCCAGCUAGAGCUGAGAUAAACAGGUAAAAACACCUAAAGUGGUGCUAUGUAAGUUGCUAUAUAAGUGUACAUCUUACUGAUGUAACUGGAAGGACAUUCUUGGUUCAAAUUCCAGUUGUUGAUAGAUCUGGAUUUGUACAUAUAAUUAGCCUGUGUUCUUCCGUGGAAUGCAUUUUGCAAAAUUAAUCUGGAAUUAUAAAGAAUUAUUUUUUAGUUUGUCAUGCAUUUCUUGUUAUUCUUUUGAGUAUCUUUGUGGAUCAUUAUGUGGGACAUUAUAUGUUAAUUAUCACUCUGAAGUGUUUAAUGUUUUAUUACCUUUUAAGAAACACUUUGAGUAACAUGACCACUACAUUGAGUGUAACAGAGAGACAUGGGAAAAACAGACAAAAUCUUAACAAAUGGAUCCAUUUUGAGAUAAUAUUUGCCUGUACUUUUUGUUUUAAAAUUAUUAGAGGCAAAACAGAAAAAAAUAUAUUUUUAAAUGGUAACAUUUUAUUAAAAUUAAAUAACACUUUUUAUAUAGCAAACACUACUGUCCAAAUGGUAAUGCACCAAUAUAGAAGUGUGAUAUCCUAGCGCCUAAGCAAUUUUGCUAUCAAUAAAUGAUUACGUGUCUUUUUUCUGUGGUGCACUGUGCUCUACUUACAGUAUACAUGCAUGUCCCUUCUUAUUUGCAGUCAACUCCCUUGAAGCUUACAACUUCACAAUGUAACAGUAAAACCUAAAAGGAAAGCUCAAAUCAACGGGACCUCCAAUCGUGAAAACAAUCUGUAAUUGCGGAGUUAAAUGCAACAUAUAUUGCACUCACCAGAUCGAAGUGCAAAAUAGUAUUAAAAAAAAUGCAACAUGCUUGUGGAGUCCUUAAUUUCCCUUAGGUGUCCAAACAGAGUGAGCAUGUCUGCCAACUCCACUACUGAAUCCCUGUAUUUGUGUCCAGCAAUAGACAUGUCAAUUAAAGAGUUUCAUGGGUAAACAUCCCACUUCCCCAGGAUGAGGUACAUAUAUGUCAAAAGAAACCCCAACCUAUCCUUUAAAAACAAUAUUACUUAGAUGUCCAAAUAAACAUGUGAGAGCUGAGCACUGUUUGAACAAGCAUGACUGUGAAAGUCCUUCUUCUAAGUUACCCUUCACUAUACCAAGCCAGCUAAAGAAGCAGAGGAUGAGAGAGUCCAUUGUGUCUAACUUAUUCUCAUCCAAAAAACAACAGACUGCUUUUCAAUAUGGUGUGGGUGCCAUGCUCAGCUUUGAGGUGGGAAGCCAGGAUUACCACUGUGAAGAUACAUGAGCCUGCUUUCUUGACACAGGCAAAAUACUAAGACACAUAAGAAAAAUUUAAAUUGUACUUAGCAUGAGAGAUUGACCACAGGGUUGACCUCCUCCUUGGCUGGGCCUAUUUAUCCGGCGAUGAGUAACCCUGUAUUUCCACCCGCCCUACAUUGGGAUUUGGCAUUCUUGGGUGGAGGUUCAUGCCUCACGCAACUCAGGGAUGGUACAACAGUUGUUCCCAACCCAGUCCUCAUGUACCCCCUAACAGUCCAGGAUUUAGGGAUUACCCAGUUGUGUCUAAGGUGUUUUUAGAGAAAAGGAAAACACGUUAGACUACAGCAGGCUUGCCCAAACUCCGGCCCUCCAGAUGUUGCUGAACUACAACUCCCAAGAUUCUCAGCCCAUCUAUUUAAUUCAUAGAAUCAUGGGAGUUGUAGUUCAGCAACAACAGGAGGGCCGGAGUUUGGGGAAGCCUGGACUACAGGGUAAUCCCUAAAUCCUGGACUCGUAGGGGGUACUUGAGGACUGUGUUGGGAAGAUCUUCUCCUAGAUCUUCUCCCACUAUGAUUCAAACUUUCAAGCUCCACCAGCUUAAACAUUUCUACACUUCAAUGUAUUAUUUGUGGUCUCUGCAAAGACCGCUCCAACCGUUUGAGUAGAUUUGCUCUCAAGCGGAGCCUUUAGAUCGUGACAUCUCCACCCUAUAACAGCUGCUUCUGUCUGCACCAACCUGCACCAUUUAAGUUUAAAGUGACACUAUAGUCACUAAAACAAUUUUAUCUUAAUGAAGCAGUUUUGGUGUAUGGAGCAUGCCCCUGCAGUUCCACUGCUCAAUUCUCUGCAAUUCAGGAGUUAAAUCACUUUCUUUAUACAGUGCUAAUCACACCUCCCUGCAUGUGAAGUACAGCCUUCCUAAACACUUCUUGAAAAGUCAUCUAAUGUUUGCACUUCCUUUAUUUCAAAUUCUGUUUAAUUUAGAAUAUAUUAUCUCCUACACUGUUAAUAGCUUGCUAGACCCUGCAGGAGCCUCCUGUAUGAAAUUAAAGUUCAAUUUGCAGAGCAGGACAUAAAAACUUUUAAAGUCAGUCACAGCCAGGGAAAGGGUGGCUAGGGCUGCAUAAAAAGUGAUUUGACUCCUAAAUGGCAAAGAAUCUAGCAGUGAAACUUCAAUGGCAUGGUCUAUACACAAUACUGUUUCACUAAGCUAAAGUUGUUUUGGUGACUAUAGUGUCCCUGUAAGGCGAUGUGGUCAGUGGUGUAUCCUGGUUUUGUGCUGCCCUAGGCAGGACAAAACUCAGACGCCCCCCAACCGCGCGACCCCCAUCCAUCCCUUCCCCCCGCCCCGCCUUCUAAAUACACACACACAUUCACUGACAGAUACGCAUAAACUAGCUAACAGAAACACACACUCACUGACACACACAGACACACACUCACUCACUAGCAGACACACACUAGCAGACACACACAGGCAAACAUACACACACAGUCAGACACACACACACAAACAAACUCACUCACUCACAGACACACACACUCACUGGCAAGCACACACUCACUAACAGACACACACUAGCAGACACAUACACACUCACUAACAGACACACACACACACACACACACACACACUAACAGACACACUCACUCACUAGCAGACACACACUAGCAGACACACACAGGCAAACAUACACACAGUCAGACACACACAAACAAACACACACACUCACUGAAACACAUCACUGGCACAUCACUGGCAAGCACAUACUAGCAGACACACACACUCACUGACACACACUAACAGACACACACACACUCCCUAACAGACACACACACACACACACACACACAACAGACACACACACACAGACACACACACACACACACACACACUAACCACAGACACACACACAUACUAACAGACACACACACUAACAGACACACACACUAACAGACACACACACUAACAGACACACACACACACUAACAGACACACUAACAGACACACACACACACUAACAGACACACACUAACAGACACACACACACUAACAGACACACACACACACAGACACACACACACUAACAGACACACACACACACAGACACACACACACUAACAGACACACACACACACACUAACAGACACACACACACUAACAGACAUACACACUCACUCACAUUAACACAUUUUUUAUUUUUUUUUAAACCCCCCCCCCCCUCCUUACCUUUGGGAGUGCUGGGGGAGGAGAUAUUCUCUUUAUCCUUGGGGUCCAGUGGCUGCCGGGCUGGCUGCUGGGCGGGCGGCUGGCUGGCGAGGGAGCUCUUCCUCUGAGCGGUCUGCUCAGAUCCCUUGCGCACCGCAGAGUGAGGCUGGGAGCCGGAAUAUGACGUCAUCAACCCGGCUCCCAGCCUCACUCUGCGGCUCGCAAGGGAGCUGAGCAGACCGCUCAGAGGAAGUGCUCCCUCGCAAGCCGCCUGCCUGCCCAGCCCAGCAGGUCAGUUAGCCGCAAGGCUAACAAGGCAUUUGCCCUGGGCAUUUGGGGGGCGUUUUUUUUUUUGGCCGUCCCCUGGAAAAUGCCGCCCAAGGCGAAUUCCUUGUUCUUUUCUGAUCAAAAGAGGCAGAAGAUUAUAUUGUUGACUCACCUGGGUUCUCAAAGCCUAAGAUUUCAGGAGAUAAAAUGCAAGAUUCUGAUGCAAUGUUCGACACCCUGCUAAAGCUGUUCCGGUUCCUUCUUAAGGUUUCUGAUAUUUGCUGGAAGUGCCGUGGUCCUAGGGCCUCACUCAUAUAUAUACACAUAUUCUGGGAAUACACUGUCUUGGAUCCUAAAUGAAAGAAAUUGCACAACACUAUGGCAGGAGUGGCCGAUAAAAGCGUCCGUUUACAUCCCAGACAUCCUUCUGAGUCACACUAAACCCUGUUUACCAAACACAAAAAGUCAACAUCAAAACACCUACCAACAGUGGCACGCUCCCUAGUCUCAACUCUGUGGCAGAGACAAAAUUCACCCUCAUUCCAGACAUAGCUUGAGAGGGUCGAGGAGAUCCAUGGUCACUACGGCAGCACCAUUCCUGCAAAAUGCAUGUUCUGGGUGUGCCCCCAAUUCCUUUUUGUCUUUACUAUGCUGUUCUUGCAAACCUCUUGCACCCGUUUACUUUGGGCUGGAUUGUCUCAGAGGCCUCUUUGCUCAAUCUUGCCUGGUGUGGUGCUGAGUGCUUGUUCCUGCACUGCUAGGAUUAAUGCCUCAGGCCUCAGUGCUCUCUUUCAAUCCUGCCUUUUCCAACCACUUCUAGGAUGUUGUAAUGCGAGCCACAUCCACUAUCUGCUGGUGGUAAACCCUAUGGAGAGGUUUGUCUUGCCAUGGAACCUCCUCAUUUUCUGCAUCCUCUAUCUGUUGUUGUAUCAGACAUUUCCUUAGCAAUUCAUCUUUGGGAGCCAUCUUUGAGAUGCACCUGUGGAUCCUCUGUGUUUCAUCCAAGACUGCGGCCUUGACACUCAUGAGACCCGACCUCUUUCCUUCCGACUGGUGUAUUGUGCUGGAUUUCAGGUGUAUAUUAUCUGUAAGGGAAACAAGAAAAUGGAAAAUUAUGGUGGAGUGAACAGAGUGACAAACUUGCUCUGUCUUAUGUUGAAAAAUAGUCUGAUCUUUCUCACCCACAUUUACUUUAAUUGUAUAUUUAUUUCCAAUAAUGAAAAAGCAUUAACAGGUUAUGGAGAAGUUAGGAAUGUCUCUAGUUUCCCAUUUUCAAUUUUAUGUGUAAACACGCAUACUGGUUACCCUCACUUUUUAAGGAGCAAGCAAUAUCAGCUCUAUUUGAUAGUAGUGGGUUAGUAGUAUCAUAAUCAAUUUAUGAAAGUGGUAAGCAACAGUAAGUUUCUUCUAAAUUUUCCUCAAUAUUUCAAUGUUAAUUUUGAGAUGGGACACAGACAAGAGGUGGUUAAAAUCAAGUAUAGCAAAUAUAUGAAAAGUAUAUUAGAAUCUUAAUCUGUAUGCUUAAAACCAUUCACACAAGCACAAUUACAAUGCAUUUCGACCCGAGUCUUCAUCAAGGUGCAUAACAAUAAAUGAGAACAAUUUUCCUUAAAAACCUUACCAAAAUCUCUUUUGGCUAAUCUCCAAUCCUAUCUCUCGAUUUGGCGAAUAUCCAAUCGCAUUAUUCGGUUUGGAGAAUCUCCAAUCGUGUCCUUCAGUUUGGGUGAAUAACCAAUGAGGCAUGAUACUCGCUAUGGCAAGGACAUACUUACUCUAUGCAAUCUCAGUCAGAUCACCCUGAUUGGCAUCUAAGCCAACCAAUGAGACCUUUCUGACAGGUAAGUCUCACUUCUCUCAAGUCUGGCAUGGGAUGUUUGAUUGGUGGGACACCAGGAAGCACCCAUGUAUUAUAUAAUUAACAGCCCACACACACUGCUGAGGGCUGAGGGUCCUCUAGGUCUGUCAUGUUUAUUUAUCUAAUAGCCCCCACCAGCUGCCUAUGGGUAAGGGCUGAAAUGGGACACCAAACCCUCAUGUGUAUUUUAUUGUUAGCCAUUGGUGGGGCAGUGGGCUGGACAGUGGCCUGUCUACCCCCAAUUAUUUAAUUUUCAUCCCUCACACAAUGCCCACUUAUGGUGGGGGGGGGGAGGGCAAGGGGGGGGUGGACAACAUGUUCCAGGCCACCUUUACAUUUUAUUCAGUUGCCACUGGUAUUUGGUAAUGUUGACUUCUAUGUGCUUUUAUUUGUUUGUUUGUUUCUAGUCAUUAAAAAGGCAGAUAAAUGUGCUUUGAUGCACAUAUAACAAUGGUUUGAUCUCGGAGUGCUGAUCUGUUUAUCGAGUUUGGAAUUUCAUCUGGCAUUAGUUCCCGCUGAAAUUAAAAGAGAAUUAAAAACAGGCAAAAAAAUUACCAAAAACAGUUGAUAAUUACCAACUGUUUUUUUUGUUUGUUUUUUGCCUAUAGAAUUAAAUCGAGGCCUUAAUUUGUUAAAAUUCAAUAUUUUGUAUAUACCUUUCUAUGAACUUUUAAACAAAGACAAAAGUGCUAGAGUUUAAUUGUUGUGUUUUCUGGAUCAUUAUUUAUAUAUUGUGUGAGUUGCACUAUUUUAAGUUCUUGAGGACCAAAGGUUUGAAAAUGUUCUAAGACAUAUUUGAAAGUUUCUCUCCAUUACCUCCUCAUCGUUCAUUCCUCAAUUAUCCAUCAUUAGUUGAGAGAAAUACCUGUACUGGGCUACAGCUUUAAUGAGCUUGUCACAAAGCAAGGCAAUCUUACUGUCAGGGAGAUUAAUAUUGUUUAAAAAAUAACUCAUGCCACAGGACGUGAUAGACUGGUGGGUAUGUUUUGUUCCUUGAAGUAUUAAUUGUAACAGCUAAGUGUUCUGCCUGUGGUUUUCUUUUUAAAAUGUCCAACAGAAUACUAUAGAUGCUAAUGUGGUUUUGUGCAAAACAUGUUAUUUUACUAUUCCAACUUGCUGUGCUAGCUGAGUUGUGUUAAUGCACAGUUUUACAACUUUCAAUCCAAGGUCUGUUCUUGCAAGGUAAAAUCUUGUUCAAAAUAUUUGUUUUCAGUGAAAUAAUCUCAAAUUGUCUUUUACAUUUUAGCCUCGUUCUUUUAAUCAAGUUGUAUGCUCAUUGCAAGAGAAAAUUAAUGACGAGACCUUGCAGCAAAGCACUGAGAAAAAUAUUUCUACCACAACAAGCAGCAAUACCGAGACAGGUAAAAUAUUCUAUAUACUCUAUGCCACCAGGCUGUCACCUUAUGCCUUGCAACACUAGGCAUCUGACUUGCUGUCUGCCCCUGUCGCACCUCUGAUCUGAGACACAAAGAGUUUUACACACAGCUCCUGGCUUCUCACACUGUAGCGAUGAAUGGCGUCACUACAGAGUGGGCUAUGAGGGAGCUGUUUUUGUUGAACUAUUGCCAGUUGCUACUCAUCACUCCCUCACACCACCACAUGUGGCCCUUCUCGCAAGUAAGUGAUAGGGCUAUCACAUUUCCUAUGUGUGUGCACUACAGAAGUGCUUGCAAUGCAUAGUCCAGCAUUUCAUUAAGCUGCAAUCUGAGUCAGUGAUUGUGUCUGUAUGACUGUGACUGUGUGUGUGUGUGUGUGUUUGUAUGACUGUCCCUAUGAGUGUGUAUGCUUGUUUGUAUGAGGGUGUGUGUAUGUGUGUCUGUACCAUAAGGUGUAUGUGUGAGUGUGUGUAUCGUAUGGGUAUGUGUAUGUUUCUGAAUGAAUAUGUGUCUGUAUGACUGAGUAUGUGUGUCUGUACGAAUGUGUGAAUGCAUGUCUUUAGAAGUUUGUGUGUAUGUGUAUUUAUGAAUAUAUGCACAUGUGUCUGUAUAACUGUGUAUCUGUAUGAGUUAAUGACUAUGUCUUAUGCCUGAGUAUGUGUCUCUGUAUGACUGUGUCUGUGUGAGUGUGUGCAUGUUUAUGUAUGACUUUGUACAUGUGUCUAUAGGACUGUGUGUCUACAGGAAUGUGUCUAUAUUACUGUGUAUGUAUGUCUGUGGGACUGUGUCUGUCUGACUGUGUGUAUUGUGUUUGUAUGACACUGUGGGGAAUAUUUAAGCUUUCUGAAAACUAAAAGUUAGAUAAAUCUGUUCUGCCAGAAAAUGGUAUAUAUUUAACAAUUUUAUUUCAUUUAUUUAAAUUUGAUUUAUUUAAAUUUUAGCUAGAAUGCAAACCAUACAAAAUCAUCCUCGCACACAGUCACCAUACACAAUCAAACUUUUUUAUCCACAGCAUACAGAUCACACUCCUCCAUCCCCACACACUCACUAAACUCAGCGAAACGGACGCACAAUUCAUACAUACCCCACAUUGCUGUGAGUUUUCUUAACAUGCUCGACUAAUUAAAAAAUGUUAGGUAGAAUUAGGCAACCUUUGGAAGUCUAAGUUCCUUGGAAAGCUCACUGUGUGCAAAUUGGACUGAGCUUUUGUCUAAAAUAACCUGGACCUAUGCCACCAUAUGCCACUAAUCCCUGAUAUGUGUCCUUUAUAAAGUUUAAAUCUGUAUGGCCAGAUUGCUUUAGUUGGGACUGAUGACACCAUUAUAUGACAUAUUAAUUUUUAGUACAGCACAGUUGAAAGAGGGUGCAGAACAGAUAGAUCAGUGCCACUGUGAGCAUAAAUCUGUGUAUAAUUUAAACUAGUAACCAGAUAUUGCGCACCUGGAUCUCUCCCUUCACCAAUUCCUUAGACUAUGUCAGAGGAAGGCAACCUUUGGCACACCAGUUAUCCUGGACUAAACCCCCUCUAACUCUCUUACAGCCAUAAUGAUGGCAAAGCUACAGGGGAGAUCUAGUCCUCAACAUCUAGAGUGCUGAAGGUUGACUACCUCUCAUCUAUGUAAUGGGAAGGGGAUGGGAAUACCAAAAGUGGUAAGAGUCACUCAAAAAUUUAUACACAAGGUUAUCUCCAUAUUGCUAUGCCCCUGACAUAAGUAAUUGGAUGAUAUAUAUUGUCACAACUGGCUAGAGGAAGACUUGAAGUUGAAACAUUGCAUUGUGCAAGGCUGAGCGGUGAGAGGAGCAUCGAUAUUGGAUUCCUAUAUUUCUACCUAUCUAGCAAUUGACUGUUUUUUUUUUUUUACAUCUAUGUGUCUGUUCACCCUCCUGGCUCCUCCUUCCACCUCAUUCUACACUGUCGACUGCUGCAGAGAAGAGCCUGUGGGCUAGUCAGAGAGAUCGUUUAUCUCCCCACUGGUCCGUGAAGACACACAGCAAAGAUGGCAGAGUAGAUCAAAGGCCGCUUGUGGAAUUUUACGCGGCCCGUCUGUGGGUUUUGUCAGAACCCACAGUCGGGCAACAUAAAAUUCCACUGUGGGCUGCAUGAAACCUGCGGGCCGUGCAUUGGACAGCCCUGAUCUAAACACUAAAACUGGUUCAAUAAACUCUUGUGUUUUGGUGCUCAGAGUAUCCCUUUAAAAAAAUAAUCUUUCAAUUCAAGAAAGUGUGGGGAUGAAGACUUCUCUCCCAUUCUAUUGGAACAAAGGAGUGACAAAUACACUUUUAUUUUCAAUUAGCAAAAUUUAAAUAAAUCAAAUUUAAAUAAAUGAAAUAAAUCACCUUGUUUCCUGUGAAACCUCCAGCAGUCAAAUCACGUACCUCACAUAUUAUUACUUCAAGCUCCAGUCAAUCAUUAAAUAUUAUCUCUAAGCUCACACGGUCUGAAUUAGAAAGUGUUUGAAGAUUAGAAAGACUUUUAUAGUAAUGUUAUUCUGGUGGAAGAGGUGCAGCACCAUUAAAUAAUUUCAUGAGGUUCUUUUGAAGAAACGGAUGUUUGUUUGGAAAGAGAUUUACAAAGAGAAAUCAAACUCCAUCUGUGCACCGUGUAACAAACAAAACUAGGAGGGCUGAAUACAUUAAAAUGCCAAAUAUGUUUUAAUUGCAAAGUUUGCAUAAAAUAUCAACAGAUAAAAUAUUUAUAUAUAAAAAAGAGAGAACAAUGCUUCAGAUAUAUUUUUAAUUUUCACAUAGAGGGGAAAAAAAACCUAAAGUUUUGGUACAUCUAGGGGAACCACGUAAUUUAAUCUUGUCUUAACUGUCACAGAAAUUAAGAAACUACAGAACAAACAGAACAAUGCAAUGACAUUGAAAAAAAGAAAAUUAAGUUGAAUUAUUUGUGCAACAGCAGAGGGCUUUCUAUUAAAUUAAAGGCCAAAGCCAGAUCCACUUAAUGUAAUGUAAAUUGAGUUUUCAGUUUUUGAAGCUUCGGCUGGGAAGUAGUAUACAUUUGAAUUUUACAAGCAUUUUAAUUGUUGAAUUGUAUUGGCCAUCCCCUCUAUGAUAACUUUUGACUCCUACAUUGUGGAAAAAAUUGCUCAAAAAGAAGUAUACUGCAAAGCAGGGAGAGGUUUAGAACGCCAUAAAGUAUCUUAUGUAAUAUAAAGGGGACAGUGCAAUGCAUUGAAAUACAGUAGAAGAAAAUGUACAUGAAACAAUACGAACAUGCCAGGCUGUAUUGUGAAAAUAAAUGAAAGGAACUCUUCAAGCACCAUAACCACUACAGCCCACAGUUAAGGGACUCUGAAAUCACCAAAAUUGCAAUAUCUUGAUGUAGUUGUUUUGGUGCUGUCGCUUUUGUUGGAUAACAAGUUUUUUUUCUGCUGAUGCGUGACACUAAAUUUUCAGUAGCUUAGCUUACUAAUUUUGGCCUCAAUUUAGUAUUUUUGUAUAUUUUUGCAAAUAAUUAAAGAUUUAGAAAAAUAUAUAUAUUUUUUUUAUUGGCACAUAAGUAUGACAGUAUACAAUACAAGAUAUUGGCGGUACAAUAUUGCGAUUACAAAAGUUUGAACAGGUCGAGGGAGCCAACGUUUACAAGAUAGAAUUACAUAACAUCACUAAUACUUAAGCUCAGUCUGGUUCGUCAGCCCCUCACCUAAUGCAAGAUUAGAUGAGGUUGUUCCUACUUGUGCCCAUUUUGAAUUUUUUUUUUCUUUUUUGUAAAACUGGGUGGAGGGGUACCGGGGGGGGGUGGGGGAAGGAAAAAAACAUCGUAAUCUAUGGUGAUGAGUUUAUACAUUUAAGUGCGUACAGCGAAAUGUAAUUAAAAGGAUCCCAGAUCUGCCUCUAUCCAGAGGUGUCUACACUUCUAAAUUUUUAACCAGUGACAUCGGUUGCAGUUUUACUGCAGUUUUCUACCUUGCUGUGGGCUGUAUUCCAUGAUUGCCAGGCGGUCUUCCAGAGAUGUGCCUGGGGGUCAGCUUUCCUGGCCAUAUUUUCGUAUUUUUUGGUGGUUUCGAUGGCCUGGGUACAGGAGGCCAGAGUCUGGGGGUGAGUCGAUAACCAGUUUUUACUGAUAGCCUGUAGGGCUGCUAUGAGUAUGUGAUACAUCAAAUACUGUGCAGAUUUAGGUAUACCUGAUGGGAGAAGUUGUAGUAAGUAUUUCUCCGGUUGCAGAGGUAAAUCGAUUUGCGUGGUGUCCCUUAUUAGGUUCAAGAUUUGUAUCCAGAAAGGUAUAAUCUUUGCGCACGUCCACCAUAUAUGAUACACCGUGCCGGGACAGGCCAGGCAUCUCCAACAUAUUUCCGACUUGUGGGGGUUAAAACGGUGUAAUCUGGUGGGGACUAGAUACCAUCGAUACAAUACCUUCCUGGAUAUUUCAAUGUGUGUUGUGCAUAGAGUUAGUUUUCUGUUUGCAUUGAAUACUUUGGACCAUUGUUGCUCGUCUAGCUCCCGUUGGAAGUCUGACUCCCAUGCGAGAAUGAAUUUUGGCUUCACUGAAUUUAACUUGUGGAUUAUGUCAUGGUAUAGAAGGGACAUGGGUUUGGUCGGUGGCUUUUUCUGUGUGCAUAGUGCCUCAAGGAUAGACCAUUUUCUUUCUUGUUGUGGCGGUUCUGGUGGUGCUAGUGGGAGUCUUUGUUUACUUAACCAUGAUUGUAUUUGCAAAUAGCUAAAGCAGAGCGAGUUUGGUAUGUUAUGCGAUAUCUGUAGUUGUUUAAAAGGGCAGAGUCUGUCAUUGGACAUUAUCUGAUAUAGGAAGGUUAAACCAUACGAAACCCAUUCCGCAGUAUUAAAUUGUGCUAUGAGUGCUGCAAGGGCCUUGAGCAGCAUGGCAGGUGAGGGAUGUGGUGAGGGCCACGUCCUAUUUCUGUGUUUAUCCCACACCAAGAGAGAUAAUUUGGUGGUUGGCAGCAUGUUUUUAUAUUUUGGUUGAAGAUGCCUCGGCAUCCAGGCCAAGGUGGGUAUGUCAAAUCCGUCAGUGUGGGCACCUUCUAUUUGUAACCACAUUGGUGGGUGGUCCUAGUAAAAGGCCGUUAUAAGGGGACUAAGAAGCGAGGCUGAGUAGUACGUAUCGAGAUGCGGCAUGCCCAUACCUCCCUGCCGGAAUGGCUUGUACAAUGCUAAUGUUAUUAUUCUAGGUUUCUUAUUGUUCCAUAUAAAUUUGUUAAGUAUGCCUUGCACUUCCUGUAUGUAGGCUUGAGGGAGUUUAAUUGGUAAAUUGCGGAAGAGAUAUUGGAGUUUAGGGAGGAGGAUCAUUUUGGCUGCCGCAAUGCGGCCGGUCCAGGAGAUAUGUUUAUCCCGCCAUCCCCAAAUUUAAUUUUUCAAUGCUUGUGCUAACUUAACGUAAUUGGCCCGAAAUAGUGAGGAUGAAGUGGCUGUGAAGGACACUCCCAGGAAUGUUAGGUGAUCUGUCUGCCAGUCAUACGUGUAAGCUUGCUUCAAACUAUGUAGAGGUUUAUGGGGUAUAUGCAUACCCAUCGCCUGCGUUUUCAUAAUAUUUAAUUUGUAAUAUGAGCAGGCACUAUACUUGGCAAGGAAGUCAUGCAAGUGCAGUAAGCUUACAUCUGGGUGUUCUAGGGAGAGCAUGAUGUCAUCCGCAAAGAUCGUAAGUUUGUGCUCUGUGUUGCCCACGCGUAUCCCCUUAAUGUCUGUGUUUGCACGAAUGUGUUGUGCCAGAGGUUCAAGAACUAGAAUAUAUAACAUAAGGGACAGCGGGCAACCCUGGCGUGAGCCAUUUGUGAUGGUGAAGGAUGAGGAUGUAAAGCCACUGUUUACCACUCGGGUGGAGGGGGUUGAGUAGAGGGCCGAAACCAAGGACAGGAAACUUGGAGGGAAACCAAAACACCGCAGCGCUGCCCCGAUGAACCCCCAGUGCACCCUGUCAAAAGCUUUUUCAGCGUUGAGUGAGAGGAAUACACUGGGUCUACCCGAGGACCGCGCCACAGCCAUCAGGUUCAGUAACUUCCUAGUGCCAUCCGAGCCCUGUCUCCCUUUUACGAAUCCUAAUUGAUCCCUAUGGAUCACCGCUGGUAGUUGAGAGUCUGUUGGCAUAAAUUUUUGCUAGUAACUUUGUAUCAGUAUUUAACAAGGAGAUUGGCCUGAGAUUGGAAGGUUUGUUGGGUGACUUCCCGGGCUUGGGCAGAGUCGCUACGUGGGCUUCUAGCAUUUUGGGAGGCAUGUAGCCGGUGGUGACAAUGUUGUUAUAUACCUUCCCCAUGUGGGGAACUAGGAUAUGUCGAAAGCUUUUAUAAUACAUAUUGGUGAAACCAUCAGGGCCAGGGGAUUUCCCCUGCGGGAGGGCUCAGAUGGUAGUUUCUAUUUCCAGAUCAUUGAUUGGGUGUUGAAGAAUUUCGCAGUGUUCCGGUGACAGUUUGGGCAGUUUUGCUUGGGUCAAGAACUGUUGUAUUUCGAGGGCAGUGGGUUGGUGGGUUUUAUCAUUCGUUAAAUUAUAAAGUUUGGAGUAAAACUCUGCCAUAGUAUCGUUUAUGUGUUGUGGAUUAGUGAGUUUGGCUCCUGCAGAAGAGAACAGAUAUGGUAUCUUGGAUUGGGCCGAUUUUUGCCUGAGGAGAUUCGCUAGGGCCUUCCCUGCUUUAUUCCCCUGGGAGUACUGUUUCAUUUUUAAGAUAUUAAGCAUACGUGUAGUUUUUUGUAGGAGUAGAUCAUUGAUUGCAGUAGUGGUUUGAGAUAUACGUGCCUGUCCCUCUGCUGAAGGGGAGAGGAGAUGGGCUGUCGUCUGAUCUCUAAGCGUCUUGAGCAGAGAUAUGUAUUGUUGUUUCGCCUGACGUUUAAUAUAGGCUGCACGAUUAAUAAGAAGCCCUCUAAUCACUGCCUUAUGUGCCAACCAGACAUUGUGAGGUGGCAUUUGGGGUGUACAGUUGGCUUCAAAGUAGCGUGUAAUGUCCCCUGUUAGUGCCUCUCAAAAGGAUUUGUCUUGUAGGAGCAUAUCAUUUAGCCUCCAAGGCGCCGUCCCACGAGAGUGGAAUUUAUCGUGUAGGGUGAGAGUUACUGGGGCGUGGUCUGACCACGUUAUGUCGCCUAUGCGGCAUUGUUUUAUGGAAGUUAAGAACUUUGCAUUAAGGAGGAUAUAGUCAAUGCAGGAGUUUGUUUUAUGGGUUUGUGAGAAGUGUGUGUAUUCUCUGUUGGUUGGGCUAACCACCCGCCAGGAGUCAUAGAGAUCAAACUCCAGUAGUAAUUUCGUGAGCGCUCUGCAUCAGGGUUGCAGGACAGCAUGCCUGCCUAUGUCAGCUGGAGUUGUUGUAUCCAAGGUCGGGUCAAUGAUAUGGUUUAAAUCGCCACACAGGAUCAAGUGCGGUAGUUGCGGAUGGGGGAUUUUGGCGAGGACAUGGUGUAGGAAGUUCCUUUGGUUGGUAUUGGGACUAUAGAUCGAUACUAACGUGUACGUAAGAUCAUUGAUUGUGCAGUGUAAUAUGAUGUAUCUUCCUUGAGUAUCUUUUUUGAGUUGUAGUAGUUCAAAGGAGAGUGAGCGGUGAAUCAAUAUGGAGACCCCCUUAGAUUUGGACGAGUGCGUGGAAUGGUAUUGUGUGGGGUAUUCUUUUUGAGCGAAACUGGGAAUUUUAGUAUGGGUAAAAUGUGUUUCUUGAACACAUAGGAUGUCAAUUUGUUCCUUCUUGGCAGCUUCCAGUAACAAGCAGCGUUUAUGAGGGGUAUUCAAUCCCCGUACAUUAAAUGUUUGUAUCUUCAGGGUGAGUUGGCAUUGGUUCAGCUGGUGAGACUGGGCAGGUGUUGGCAUGUUGCACUUGUGUGAAUAUGCAGACUACGACAAAGGGACUAGAACUUGGAGGAAGGAGAAAGGGGAAGAAGGACAUUAGGGUAUGUACACUUUCCCCAACGCGGGGGAAUGGUGCAGCUAUUUGCACCUUGGGGUUCGGAAACGGAAUGUCUCCUACGGCGUGGCGUAUGGGCUAACAAUUGGGUUAUUGUGAAUGGACAGAACAAAACUUUUUUUUUUUUUGCACCUAGGGAGCCACCCUUAAGUGAUAAGUGUAAGGGAAUGCACGACAAGGUUUCCCUUGCCUUGUGAGUUUUUUUUUCUCUUUCUUUCUUUCUUUCUUUCUUUCUUUCUUUCUUAGGUCUUAGGUCCACAGCCUAUGGGGUGUUUGGGGAAAUACUUCACCACCCGUCCUGUAACAGGAGGUUCCACCGGGGGUCCCGGUAGAUGGUUAUCAUUCAUUUUUUUUUAUUUGUUUAUUUAUUUAUUAUUGUUUAACCUGUCCACAGGGGCAGAGGCAGAAGACAAAAGACGAAAGGGGGGGUGAAGGCAGCAGGGGAAGGCGACACGGAGGGGCGAGCACACCAGAUCAGGAGCCAGCCUAGUGGAUCGGCCCGCGCGGCGCGCACCCCCCCCUCAGCCACCCCACGACCCGGGAGGGGAAGGGGAGGAAAGAUGGGGCCAAAAAGGGGAGGGGGGAGCAGGGGAAGAAGGGGGUGGCGCAAGAGAGGGGGGGACGAGGGGACUCCAACCCCAUCAUCAACAUAAAACAAAAGAACUCAAUGAAUGGAAACAUGGGCAGGAGCCACCGCUGGCUCGAUCCCGGCUGGCCGCAAAUAAAGCGGGCGUUUUAAAUCUUAGAUUCAGUGACUGAAACCCAGCUAGUCCGUGCCCUACACAGGCGGGAGGCAUAGAGUCAUCCCCCGUCCAACAGGACAGCCUGACCAGCCAACCCCCCCAGCCCGCCCGGGCCCACAACCAGCCUCACAUCCCACAUCCCGCUGCGUUUCCACGACUUAGACCCAUCUCUACAGGCGCUCACAUUGUCGCCUCCCGUGGUGCGCGCCAGUCCAAGGUAUAAUGAAAACAAAGUCUAUACAGAUAGGCACAGCAAUUAGUCAUGAAGGAGGGCUUGCCGCCGGUGGCCCAAGGGGAGAGGUUCCCAUUAGUCAAGCCCCUGUGCCCCCCCGAGGGCUCCGCCGGGGCCGAGCUGUCCGACAAUAAUGGUGACCCCUGGGCAUACAUGCGAGCAUGUUGUCCCCAAUCCUCAGGCUUAGGGAUAGAGCAGAAGGAAAUCAGACCCAUAAAUUUUAAUGUUCAGUCAGUAGUGUUAGGGGUAAAAUUGGUACUUGCGUGGCUCCCAUGUGGCAUGAUGCUCCAUUAGCGGCGACUCGUCGGCGUAGACCACUCCAAGUGAAGCUUGACUACAGGUGGCACGCGGUGGGUUCUAUGCGGAGAUCAAUACCCCAUGCGGUCAGCUUACGUAUGCCUUCCUCUACGGAUAAAAUUUUCCUGAUGGCGCCAUCUCUAGCAACUAGCAACUUUGUGGGGAAACCCCAGCGGUAGCGUAGCCCGUUGUUGCGGAGAGCAUUAAUGAUAGGAGCAAAUUAUUUUUUUCUCCGGAGAGUUGUAGCAGAGAGGUCAGGAAAUAUUUGGAUGUUAUUAUAGCCCUCGGGUGGCUGCGCUCUGUUCCUGCUGGCGGCGAGGAUGUGCUCCUUGACAUGGAAGUAGUGCGCCCUUAAAAGGACAUCCCUCGGUGAGGAGUCUGGGAUUUGCCGUGGACGGGGCACUCUAUGAAUCCUGUCAAGAAGCAAAAUAUCGGUAGGUAUAUCUGGGGCAAAGGCCUUGAGGAGACCUCUUGCGUACCCCUGGAGGUCGGCAGGGAGAACUGACUCGGGCACCCCCCGCAGCCGCAGGUUGUUUCGCCUGGAUCUGUCCUCCAGGUCUGCCAAUUUUGUUUCUGUUCUCAACAGUCGGUCUUCAAGUUGCUCCACGUGGGUUGCUAAGUCAUUGUGGGCGAUGGCUACCUCGUCCAUUUUGGCCUCCAUGUGGGACGUCCGUUUCCCAAUUUCUUGGAUGUCUUUGCGCAGGGAGUCAACCGAGUGCUGCCAGGAGCUAAUUAGUUUAGUGGAUAAAGCAUCCAGCGCCUGGGUUAAAAGCCCCGCAGUUAGAAGCGUUGCUGUGUCUGAUGGCUGUGUCAUGUCGUUCCUCGGGCUGCCAUUGCCAUCUUGGGUCGCGGCCUGCAUGUCCAGCUGCAGUGGAGGCGGUUUCGGCUGGAAGAAGGUAAGUUUUUCAGUCCGCGCCGUGCCCUUCUUCCCUUUGUGUUGACAUAGUAUAGUAGAUGGUAUCGGUCUCGUUCUGUGUGUCUGGAUGAACGCGGAUUGUUUGCCCCGUGGCCCGAGCUCUGGAUUAAGCGUCCAUUUCGCUCGGCGUCUAGCCACGCCCCCUAGAAAAAUAUUUUCAUAUUUUGAAAUAUUAGCUUUUGUUAUAUAUGAUAUAUUUUUUUCUAUGUUAAUAUGCUGAAAAAACAUUUUUACAAGCUUAUCAAAAAUAUGAAAUCAUUUCGGGGCUGGGCCGGAUUGCCAUGCUAACCGGUCACAUGCAAGAGAGGCUCUGGAGAAAUCUGGCCUCUUGGGCUACACUCAGAAGAUUUUGACUUAAAACAAACCCAUGAGAAACCCACACUGCUGCGGCAGAGGUAGCAGACCCUGAGAUCGGGAGUUUCGGACCCCCUGGAGGAAGUACGAGGCUUUGGGGGCUGCAGCUUACUCAGGAGAGGAGCGAGGUGGACGGUCGCCACCAUGCAUCCCUUUUCGGGCUGCCACACACUGACAUCCUGAGUCGCUUGAUGGCCCUGUUCGGGCCGGGGGGUCAUCCCGUUCCCCACCGGGGAGACUUCAAGCUAUGGGGAGCCUAACACAUGAGGCCUACCUUGUAAAAUGGCGGUGACUCAAGGCACCUCACCAUAAGAACACAGGUCCCGCCACCGACCCCGGCAGAGACCCUCACAGCGGGUCCGACCACAAAAGACGAAGAGGAGCUGAGAGCAACCUACCCGGCACGAAUCCCAAAUCUCGAAUACUGCAUCAAUAAGCUGGCCCUCGUGGCGCACCCAAGAUGGCAGCUGACUACUUACCCAAUACUCAAACCUUGCAUCCCAGCAGUAGGCGCCUUUAGGUCACUGCCACAGAUUCCCUACAAUGCCUUGAAGAAAAUGUCCUGCGAUGCUGGGAGAAACUACAUCAGCGUGCACUUGCCGGCAGGAUUCAAAGCAUAACAUCGGCGCUGCUAGCUCCUGCCUUACCUCAGCAACCGGUGCAUAUUCCUGACGCAGCAGAGUGUUCAGCGCUGCAGAGGGGACCGCUACCAAAACGGAGGCCCCAGCAAACAGUAGGCACUAUUCCUCCCCCUCGACGACCUCAGAAUCCCCGGAGGCUCCACUUCAAGCUACACCAUGGAAGUUCCCGCAGUGACCCAUGCCGCAAGACACAGCAGCGCAGAACCUACUCGAUCCAUAAUCUUCUCUAUCCGGCAUUUAAAUAUGCCGGGCGGCGUUCUUUCUGUGCAAUUGCACAUGCGCGCGGGCGCCGGCGUGAUGACAUACCAUUCGCCGGCGUCCGACGUGCAUGUGCGUUCCACCGUGGAACGCAUGCAAAAAACUUUAUUAAUCUAAGCAACACUAACAACACUGGAACUUGUCAACAACGAAACCAGUGUGUUCCGAUGCUAUUAUAUGUUGAAUGCAUAUAUAGAGAAGAUUCAAAAAUAACAUAUGAUGUGAAUGUAUAUAACAUAAAUAUAAAAAUGAAUAUAUACAACAAUGGAUAAAAUUAAAAAGAAGAGAUAUAUAUAUAUAUAUAUAUGUAUAUAUGUGCUUGUAUGCAUGUAAAAAUAAUAUGUGAAUCCAACAUAUUACAUUAAAUCAAGAUAAUUUCAAUUCAUAUAUAUGUAACAGUAAUAAUAAUGAUAUAUAGAUAUUUUAAACUAACAUAGUUCAGGCAAACCAUUAUUUUAGACAGAGCAUAAUUUUAAACAGGACAUAAUUUUGAACAGAGCCUAAUUUUACAAGGGCAUGAUUAUAAAAAUACAUAAUGAUAAAAACAUCAUCAUAAAAUACCAUAGUUUUAAACAGUUUAGAAUUGUUUUAAACUAAUAUGGCUCUCCAAAGCAACAAAAUUCUGUUGAGAAUAUUAAAAAUACUAAAAAGUAUUCAAAUUGAAAAAUAACUCAAUUGGGGACGAAUAUACAAUAAAGAGAAAAAAAAAAGGAAUAAAAAAGAGAGGAAACAAGUUAAUAAUUCUCCAAUCGAUCAUAUAAUCAAUAUAAAAUAUAAAAUAUAUAUAAUCAAAUAUAGACCAUGUGCCAUUAAAAUCAGAAUAAGUGUAAAAACAUGUCAUCUUGGUGGAAUUAGUCCAUAAACACUAAAAUAUCCAGAUCUGUAUUAAGACCGUCUGGAACAGAAGUUUUUAAUUUAUAAAUCCAUUCUGUUUCUUUCAUAGCCAGACGUUUUUCUAUAUCUCCCCCUCUCCAAUGGGGGCUGACCCGGUCAAUACCGAUACAGCAAAAAUUUUCUAUUUUAAAAUCUUUACAGUUAUUACAGUGUCUUGGUACACUAUGUUUUUGGUACACACAGUGUCUUAGUACACUAUACUAAUACAGCCUUCAUAACGAAAUAUAAUAACAAGGCACACCAAAUUGAAAAAAUAAUCAUGAAAUACUGGCCUAUUUUAAACCAAGAUGAAUUUUUAAAAAAUGUUUUACCUAAAAAGCCUCGGAUAAUAUAUAAAAAACCUGAGAGUUUAAAAUCUAUUUUAGCUCCUAGUGUUCUACCAGGGAUUAAGAGCAAUAGUGAAUUAGAUAACUCUAAAAGGAAUUUUUUGAGAGAAAAACCAAAAGGAUUUUAUAAGUGCGGCAGAUGCAGCACUUGUAAAUACCAAUCGUAUAAAACACUUGAUUUUAAGAGCACCAUUACAGGGGAGUCUUUUAUUAUUAAACAUUUUAUAAAUUGUCAAAGUAAACAUGGGCAUAAGGCUAUCCUAACUAUAAUAAGACUAGGGACUAAUGAAAGUAUUUAGAAAAUUGGGCAGACUAGAUGGGCCGAAUGGUUCUUAUCUGCCGUCACAUUCUAUGUUUCUAUGUUUCUAUGUUAUCUAUCUGCUACAGUGUAAAUGUGGCAUACAAUAUAUAGGCCGCACAAUAAGAACAUUGCACAUAAGAUUGUUGGAACAUUUUGGUGGAAUUAGAAGAAAAAGUAUAAAACAUAGUGUACCAAGACACUGUAAUAACUGUAAAGAUUUUAAAAUAGAAAUUUUUUGCUGUAUCGGUAUUGACCGGGUCAGCCACCAUUGGAGAGGGGGAGACAUAGAAAAUCGUCUGGCUAUGAAAGAAACAGAAUGGAUUUAUAAAUUAAAAACUUCUGUUCCAGACGGUCUUAAUACAGAUCUGGAUAUUUUAGUGUUUAUGGACUAAUUCCACCAAGAUGACAUGUUUUUACACUUAUUCUGAUUUUAAUGGCACAUUGGUCUAUAUUUGAUUAUAUAUAUUUUAUAUUUUAUAUUGAUUAUAUGAUUGAUUGGAGAAUUAUUAACUUGUUUCCUCUCUUUUUUAUUCCUUUUUUUUUUCUCUUUAUUGUAUAUUCGUCCCCAAUUGAGUUAUUUUUCAAUUUGAAUACUUUUUAGUAUUUUUAAUAUUCUCAACAGAAUUUUGUUGCUUUGGAGAGCCAUAUUAGUUUAAAACAAUUCUAAACUGUUUAAAACUAUGGUAUUUUAUGAUGAUGUUUUUAUCAUUAUGUAUUUUUAUAAUCAUGCCCUUGUAAAAUUAGGCUCUGUUCAAAAUUAUGUCCUGUUUAAAAUUAUGCUCUGUCUAAAAUAAUGGUUUGCCUGAACUAUGUUAGUUUAAAAUAUCUAUAUAUCAUUAUUAUUACUGUUGCAUAUAUAUGAAUUGAAAUUAUCUUGAUUUAAUGUAAUAUGUUGGAUUCACAUAUUAUUUUUACAUGCAUACAAGCACAUAUAUACAUAUAUAUAUAUAUAUCUCUUCUUUUUCAUUUUAUCCAUUGUUGUAUAUAUUCAUUUUUAUAUUUAUGUUAUAUACAUUCACAUCAUAUGUUAUUUUUGAAUCUUCUCUAUAUAUGCAUUCAACAUAUAAUAGCAUCGGAACACACUGGUUUCGUUCUUGACAAGUUCCAGUUUUGUUAGUGUUGCUUAGAUUAAUAAAGUUUUUUGCAUGCGUUCCACGGUGGAACGCACAUGCACGUCGGACGCCGGCGAAUGGUAUGUCAUCACGCCGGCGCCCGCGCGCAUGCGCAAUUGCACAGAAAGAACGCCGCCCGGCAUAUUUAAAUGCCGGUUAGAGAAGAUUAUGGAUCGCUCCUGAGGAAGUCUGAUUAAGAACAGACGAAACGCGUUGAGCAAACCCGGGAAUUGGAUCAGCUGAUGGUGAACUGUUUCAUCUGUCUUUGCUACAGCCUCUACACAGACGCCCACAGACUGCUAAGACCGGGAGAUUUAGCCUAUUAUAGGCAUCAGCACUUUAGCACAUAUUGAUUUUAUCAAUUGUGCCACACUGUUUGUGAGUGUUUUUAUUUAUAUGUUUUUUAUCAUUUUGGAUUAAAAGUUUGCACUAUGAUGUUUUCUCUUUUUAUAUCUUUUAUGUGAAUAUCCUCAUCUGCUCGUUGGAGGGUAACUAUAUUCAGUAUGUAUAUCUGGUGAUAAGUGGCGCCCUAUUUCUGUAUAGUAUAUACAGCUCUGUUUUUUUUGCACAUUUGGUUAAGGGAUACAGGGAGUGCAUCCCCAUAUAUAGUGGCUUGCCUGCACUUCCUAAACGGUCAGUUCUUUUCACCAUCCACUCUCUGUUUUAAGUAUUUCAAAUACACUUUGAAUUCCCAACAAUUCCCACUUUAGUAAAUAUAUAGUUAUUGUUGGGGAUAUAAUCCUAAACUACGCUCAUUUCCCAUCAGAUACAAUGUUCCAAUUUUUAAUUUAGUGUUUCAAUCCAAGUCGAACUGUUAUUGUGGGUUAUCAGGUUAUUAAGAGGUAACUGUAGUGGUAAUAUAGAAACAUAGAAACAUAGAAUGUGACGGCAGAUAAGAACCAUUCGGCCCAUCUAGUCUGCCCAAUUUUCUUAAUACUUUCAUUAGUCCCUGGCCUUAUCUUAUAGCCUUGUGCCUAUCCCACGCAUGCUUAAACUCCUUUACUGUGUUAACCUCUACCACUUCAGCUGAAAGGCUAUUCCAUGCAUCCACUACCCUCUCAGUAAAGUAAUACAUCCGGAUAUUAUUUUUAAACCUUUUCCCCUCUAAUACAGAAACAUCGACAUGCCCAAAGCUUUGAUAUAGGAUUACAGUCACACAAAAAGGCAGACAGUCAGGUACAGUUACAGUCAGACACAGUUACACAGGCAGACGGUCACACACAGAGUACAGUCUCACACACACACACAGGCAGACAGUCAGACACUGUUACAGACAGUCACACACAGUGUACAGUCUCACACACACACAGGCAGACAGUCAGACACUGUUACAGACAGUCACACACAGAGUACAGUCUCACACACAAACACACACACACACACACACACAGGCAGACACACACAGACAGUCACACACAGAGUACAGUCACACACGCAGACAGUCACACACAGAGUACAGUCACACACACACUCAGGCAGACAGUCAGACACUGUUACAGUCACACACAGAGUACAGUCACACACACACACACAGGCAGGCAGUCACACACAGAGUAGUCACACACACACACACACAAACAGGCAGACAGUCACACACACAAUUACCUGUUUCCUUUAUGGCUGGAAGGGAGGAGUACCUGGAGCUUCAGUGCCUUUUAGCCCCGCCUCAUCCAUGCGGUAAGCCCCACCCCUGUUUGGUAAGCUCCACCCCCUUUACUUUCUUUGUUCCCGGUGGAAAAUAAUGAAUCCUCCACCCGGGGACUUGCUUUAGCUCCCUCUGCACUCACCUGGCCAUGUGCGAGCUGUGUCUGCCACAUGGUGCCCCCUGCUCCAUGGCGCCCUGCAUGCCCCGAAGGCUGGCACUGGAUCUACAGAACAAUGACGGUCCUCUUUUAGGUAAAAUGUAGAGUCAUAGUGGUUUAGUUAUAUCAUUAAAUGUCACAAUGUUAUUAUCUUAUUUGAAUACAUUUGCAUGGUGACAGCUGUUGGAACAAUCAGUUGUUUUAGUCCAAGUCUGUUCCAACCAGCAUACUUGAUGCCAGAGACUGCUGCUCCUGUAUCUACUUCCAUUGUGAGAGAUUUACCAUGUGUGUAUAUAUAUAUAUAUAUAUAUAUAUAUAUAUAUAUAUACACACCGUUGCUUGCAGUUCUACAUUGUUUUUAGACUAUAGCUUCGUAAUUUGUGUAAUACAGGGCCAGAUUUACAUAGGGGCUGAUGGAGCUGCAGUUCCAGGCCCAUACCUAUGGAAAAGGCCCAUUGAUUUACUACUCUUCACACGCUCUUGCUUAAGUAUGGAAACUUAAGAGGGAUGUAGGGGAACAAAACUGGUGUGGCCUGGCUGACAUGAAAUUAGCUAAGGUAAGGCUGACUUUGGGCACUAUGCAAAUGCUGUUACUGCUUCAAUCUCUCUAACACUGUGGCAUGUUCCCUUUCUUCUAUACUCACUACAUACAAUUUUUCUCUGUCCCAGACUGUAUAACAGGAGUUUCUGCCUGCUGGUAAGAAGGUUAGGAGAGUAGUGGACGAGCUAGGGGACAGUCCUUAGAAAUCACUAGACACAUGUAUGCCACGCUCAGGGUUCUGUCUGCAUACUAUGCCCUUUGUUGGUCAUCCUGCAUGAUUGGCAGGCAGCCUGACGGGCAUUCACGCCAGGCUGACCAUUUAAUUAUUUGUGCAGACAAAGGUCGUUUUUGGACAGGUCUGGUUACGGGAUUCAUAUCAGUGGCCCACCCUUUUACCCCGCCCACCAAAAUCCUGCUUUACCAGAUGCUACUGUUAGGAGGUAUGGAUUUACGUGAAAAAUGAAAGCGAGAGAUUAGAAUAGGGUAUAUGUUUUCUGAUAGCUAUAUACUUUGAGUUUCCCUCCAGCACCACCUCCACCAAAUACAUGACACUUUAGAGGUAAAACUGUAUUAGAGUUUUCUGUCGAUAAGAUUCUGUAAUGGGGCUGGACCGCCAUGCUGGCUAGUCACAUGGAAGACAAGCUCCCAGAACUUUUACACUUUUUGACCUAAUAAAACAGAAAAAUCUCACACUUUCUCUGCCCUUUGAGGGGAGAUUUACAACCUCCUUGACAGAGGCCUACUCAGGUGGUGAGUGGGGUGGAUGGCCGCCGUCCUGCUAUCCUGCCUGUUUACAGCAAGCUGGACCCAUCGCUCCAGUGGCGACAGGCCUGUUCCCCACCCUUUGGACCAGUGGGGGUCCUCCCGGUUCAUCCUUUGCAGGCUCCCUUAUACCGCUCAGGGCAUGCAGCAUUCUGGCUGAACAUAUCACUCAAUCCAGCAAGCAUAAGAUGGUGGUUGCCGCGUGCUCCCCCACCUUCUUUGAGGAGACAGGCGAUGUUUUACAUCUCCCGAGAGACCACUUCGGGUCCUUCUGGGCACAGCUGUGGAGGAGCCUGAGACUCCCAUAUCGGAAGACUCUAGGCAUUCCAGACAGGUGGCCAUACAUCUAGAACUCAGCACCUCUCUAGCAUGGACCCGACUGAUGCAUGGACAGCAACUAAAAUCUGUGGUGGGGCGAGUGACACACCUGAAAGGACUGACUCCUGUUACGCACUGGGCUAUGAAACUCCCAAGGGACUUACCCGACUGCCGUACGAUGUUCCCACACCUCUACUCGAGCGGGCAUCUGGGCCUACUGCCAGGAUUCUGGCGGAGUGUCUACACACAGCCACGGCAGGGCAUGGGCUGAUCUCACAAUGGAGUCCAAGAACACCUACACUGACACCAUGUCUUGGAGCAGUGUAUACUGAUGUCACAUAACAUCUCUUGUUCAUAUCUCCCACUGGCUUUAGUCUCUGUUCUACCUGCUAUUACAAUUACCUUAUGUUAAUUAAUUUGAUUUGAUUCACUUUGCUUUAUUCUUUACUAACAAAAAAAAAUUAAAAUGUGCAGUUAUGCUGGCUAGCAAGCACCAUGGUAAUUUUACCUUAAAAUGUCUUCAUGUAAUGCCAUGCCGAUGCUAUUUUGUUUUAACAAUGCACAACAAAAAUAAAGAAUAAAAAAAAAAAAAGGCUAAUUAUCAAGAUUAGAUCUCCAUAGGCAAUACUGUUCAAAUGUGAAAAUGUCUCUUUUUGUGACACUGCAUAAACAGUAAACUUUCACUUGUAUAUUAAAAAAGAAAAAUGAUUCUGUAAUUAGACUCAUCAUCAUUGUCAGCACCAGCCCCAAUUGGAUCUUUAUCUCGCCCUGGUGUAAUGGUCCUUUUUUUAACAGAAAUAUGUUUGUGGGUUAUCCACUUUAACAUGAAAGUUGAACAUGACUUGUCUUUCUUUUCUUUCUUUCUGUGGAACUUCUGUAUACUCUUUUUGUAUGAUCAAUCUUCACAGAGCCACAGCAGUAUCUAUUUUUUAACGUACAGGUAUUUGCCAUGAGGCUUUUGUCACCACAUCUAUUAAUAGGUUGGGUAAGCUCGGGGUUUAGCUGAUAAAUUUUCCUUUGUCAUUUAAAAAAAAAAAAAAUUAUUAUUCUUUUUGCACAUUUUAUAUGGAGGACGUCACAGACAAGAACACUGUUCAAAAACGUAUAAGGUUAGUCAUGUACAUCGCUUGUCAGAAGAGAGAUACAUGAACUGUUGAAUAUACAUCACACACAUAUAACACAUAACACAUAUAACAAAUUUUAAAAGACUGAGUGGAUUGAGUGGGCCUAUUCUGAGAUUACUUCAUAUCUUUUUAGGUUACAUAACCAUAGGGGGGACUUGAAUAAUAUUUCUACAUGUGGAUUAUCAUAACAGAGAACGGGUCUAGAUUUUUUGGGUUAGAGUUAUAUCAGGUUGUCUAACCAAGGUAACCGUUUUUUUAAAUCAAAUUUUAAAUGGUUAUCAUAUUGAAAAGAUAUAUCUCUUUCCAUAUCAUAUUGGUAUUUUAGCACCCGAGUCCAAGAUGGAAUUUUUUUCUGUUGCCAAUAUCUUAAGAUUUCUAUUUUUAUGGCCAUCAUAAGUUGAAUUAUUAGAUGUCUUUUUUGAGUUGAGAAUUUUCUUAUAUUAAAAUGGAAAAGAGCAACCAAAAAAUUAUCAUCCAAAUCUUCUCCCACUAAGUCUGAUAUAACUCUAAAUGCCUUAUUCCAUAUACGUCUUAAAAGCUUGCAUCCCUACCAGAUGUGUUUAGAGCUUCCUUCUACACAAUUACACCUGCAGCAUAGUUUGGUAUUUUCAGGGUUAAUUUUAUUUAAGAUUUUUGGUACCCUAUGCCAUUGAUGGAGAAUUUUGUAGUGAAGCUCUAUAAUAUUUAGACAGUGCAACAAUUUUUUAACUUUUUGAAUUGAUCUAUACCACUGCUUUAACUCGAUGGGGGACCUGUUUUCUUGUUCCCAGUUUUUCCAGGCUUUUGGUUUAUAUUUUAUUUCUCAGUAUUUCAUACCAAGUAGAUAUCAGUUUACGUUUUGUAUUAUUUUGAAAUAGGUCAUUUAAGUUUUUAUUUAUCCUCGUCAUGGAGGAGAUACUUAGCCAAAUAUUUUUUUAUUCUUAGAUAUGAGAAAAUCUCUCUUUAGGACAAGACUUAACUGAAGGUGUGAAAAGGGCCUUAUUUUGUUCGACUCUAGUAGAUCUUUUAUUUUGAUUGUGCCAGAUUUGAUCAAAUUACCUAUAUUUAGAUCAGUAAUAUUAUAUUCCUAUGUCUUAAUUGGACUAUACUUAGAGAUUUUAUUUAGAAUAUGAUUAACUGCCCUUUGUUUAUCAACUCCUAUGCUAUUUGCUGUACAACAUAGUUGAAAUGUGUGUCUAGUGGAAGGUAAGGUACCAAUGAGAGUCGUUGAAGGAUCCGAUCACAAAUACUCGUUGCCAGCUGUUAUGUUUCCUGUAUGGUGACAAUUAUACCAUUCAGUGCUGUGUUCUUAACUUGCAUCUGUAACUGACUCCAAAUAUCACUGAGACUGUGGAACAUUGAUUUCAGUCAACCUUUUGCUUAAGCACAUAACCACUUUUCUAACCAAUUCCUCAGUAAGAACUCAAAAUGAUUUCAAUCUCUCACACAAAGACCUAGACAUCCAACGGGGCCUGUUCUAAAAGCUACACCAUCUUAAAAUAGUGGUUAUGAACAAGGAAGGCUAAGGGAUAAGAUUUGACCUUUAGCUAUUUUGGAAAUAUGAGUAGGUUAAUCUCACAGUAAACACAAAUAUUUAAAGUAUGCUAAUGUGCCCAGAUAAAUUGAGAAAAUUAAGUAUACAAGAAUAACUAUGUGUGCAUGCAGGACCGGCCUUAGGGGCGUGGAAGCUGUGCGGCCGCACAGGGCGCCAUGGAGCAGGGGACGCCAUGUGGCCGACACAGCUCGCACAUGGCCGGGUGAGUGCAGGGGGAGCUAAAGCAAAUCCCCAGGUGGAGGAUUUAUUAUUUUCCACCGGGGACUAUGAAAGUAAAGAGGACGGGGCUAACUGAACAACAGGGGCGGAGCUUACCACAUGGAGGAGGCAAAACUAAAAGGCACUGAAGCUCAAGGUACUGCACAGAAAAGAAUCCCUGCUUCCACUCCUCCCUUACAGCCAUAAGGGAAAUAGGUAAUUGUGUGUGUGGCUAUAGUGUGUGUGUGUGUGUGUGAAUGUACUCGGUGUGUGACUGUCUGGCUGUGUGUGCGUGUGACUGUCUGCCUGUGUGUGUGUGUGUGUGUGACUGUACUCUGUGUGUGACUGUAACAGUGUCUGACUGUGUGUGUGUGUGUGUGAGUGAGAGACUGUACUCUGUGUGUGACUGUCUGCCUUUGUAUGUGUGUGUGUGAGACUGUACUCUAUGUGUGACUCUCUGUAACAGUGUCUGCCUGUGUGUGUGUGAGAGACUACUCUGUGUGUGACUGUCUGUAACAGUGUCUGACUGUCUGCCUGUGUGUGUAUGUGUGUGUGUGAGACUGUACUCUGUGUGUGACCGGCUGCCUGUUUAACUGUGUCUGACUGUAACUGUGCCUGUGGGGCAGGGGGCUGGUGAUAAAGGGGGGCAGGGUACUGAUGAAGGGGGACAGGGGGCUGAUGAAGGGGGCAGGGUUUUGUUGAAGGGGGUAUAGGCGACAGUGCCUGAAAUUGUCUAGAGGGGGUCAAACAAAGAUGGCGGGGGGGCGCCACAACAUUGGCUCACACAGGGCGCCUGAACACCUAAUGCCGGCCCUGUGUGCAUGAAUGGCUAGUAUAGAUAACAUCAGACACCAUGAGUCACGGAUAUUAGAAAUGUCAGAGAAUUAGUUUUAAAGUAAGUGAGAAACAUAUAGAGUUAUUCCCUUUUAGAAAUGUCAAAGUGCAUGUCAAACUUAAGUCCAAAGCAGCUGAACUCGAAACAGAGAAUUUUUCCAGUACUGCUAUUUUUUCGCCUAUUAUUUUAAAUUCACUUUAAAUUCACUCUGAAAUCCCACUUUGGUGAAUUAUGUGUUAAUACUUUCUGGAUAUAAUCAGGGCAUUGCAUGCUGAUACUGUAGCCAAAGAUCUGUUAUAACUGUGGUUGUGUUUAGACAUGGAUGCCUGUUUCUGUAACGUAUUCCUCCUUACCUUGCGGUAUUUGUGCUCAGCAUCUGUGCGUCUGCAUAUCUGACUCCUGCAACAUGUUGAUGGACGCAAAAUUAUAGCCCGGGUGAGAGGGCUAACCAUUCUUUGGAAUUAUAUUUACGUUGUUUUGUUAAUGGCACUCAAGAUAAAUGUUCCGAAUUACUACCCUGGGCCGAGUUUGCUAGAAACAAUGCUAAUCAUGACUCUUCUGGUCAUAGUCCUUUCUUUGUUAAUAACGGUCCUCAUCCUUCUGUGCUGCCAGCUGUUUUCUCUGACAUGGCUAUCCCUGCUUUGGAUGACCACCUUGCUUCUAUUCGUGAUACGUGGGCCAAGGUUCAUUCCGCUCUCAAAACUGCGGCUGAUCGUUUUAAAUUCCAUGCUAUUUACCAGGUGGGUAAAAGGGUGUGGUUAUCAUCAUGCAACGUCAAACUUAAGGUUCCUAGCAUGAAGUUUGCUCCCAGAUUCCUUGGUCCAUUUCGUGUCCUUCGUAGAAUAAAUCCUGUUUCGUAUUCUCUGGCUCUCCCUGCCUCCUUGUGGAUUCCUAAUGCUUUUAAUGUUUCUUUGCUCAAACCACUUUUUUGCAAUAGUUAUACUGUCCAAAGUGUUCCCCCUCCUCCGUUUGUUAUUCCUGGUCAGGAUGAGUAUGAAGCCUCCUCCAUAAUUGAUUCCAGAUUUUCUUGUGGCACUUUGCAGUAUUUAGUUGAUUAGAGGGGUUAUGGGCCUGCCGAGCGUUCUUGGUUUCUGGCCUCUGACAUUCUUGCUGGCCGCAAGAUUCGUUCUUUCCAUGCCGAGUUUCCUUUAAAGCCUGGUCCUGCCCGCAUGGUGGGCAGUCUUCAGGUGGGGGGUAAGGUAACGUAUUCUUCCUAACCUUGCGAUAUUUGCGACUCCAGCAACAUGUUGAUGGAUGCCAAAUUAUAGCUCCAGGUCCGCCCACGUUGAUGAUGACGUUGGCGUGCCUGUGACGUCACGCGGGAGACGUGCGAGCACGUUCUGGGGUCAAAGGCCAAUUUCGGCCAGUCAAAAUUGUUAAGGGCUUUGUUUGACUUCCCUGUAUUCUGGUAUUCCUGAUUUUUGGCUUUCCCUUAUCGUUGCGUGCCAUUCUGUGUCCCUGGCCUCGACAAGUAUCCUGACUAUUCUUUGGUACGUUAAGUCCGGCCAUUCUAAGGCCCGGUAAGACGCUACCUUUUUGUCCUAGGUGUGAUACAAUUCUACGUACUGGAUCAGUCAGUAAUCCUGACAGUUUCAACCCUUCGGUUUCCUGCUUGGUAGUUCUGCUUUCUAGUGCCCUGAUCUUGCUGUGUUCUGGUUCGUGAGUUUAGUUUCCACCUCUCUGGCGGUGUAGCCUUCUUCAUUAAGCAUGUAAACUCUAAAGGUUUAGUAAUACCUUUUGUGGAUCAGUCCCUUUUUUCUGCAAUUAUGGACAUGACACAGUCCAAACUAUUCUAACAAAGUGGUCCAAACUAUUCUAACAAAGUGCUCCAAACUAUGCUAACAAAGCGCUCCACCACAAUUGUGUUCCUUUCUUUCUAGUUUUUUGGACUGCUAUCUGAGAAGGAGAGAACACAACAAUUAUAUAGCGAAUUAGGACUUUUAGUAAGAAAACACUAUACAUAUUGUUUGCUUUACUUUAAAGCAGAACUUGUUUUGUAUAUUGCAUACACAAUACGUGCUCAACUGAAUAACAUUCUCCAAUGUCAGUCAAGUAUUCCUGGAAUUGAUCUGUUAGUGCUGCAGAUUUUAUCUUGCCUCAGUUUUCCACACAACAAGCUUUUAUAAUUCUUGCUCUAGUGAACAAAAUGUACAUUGCGUGGAGAGGUGAGGGGUGAUUCUUACUGAUUAACAGUGAUUCCUUGUCUGUUACACUUCCAGACAGGUGAAGAUUUCAUACAUAAUAUAUCCUGGGAACUAAUUUUGUAAGCCACGUGGCUAUUUAGGUUUGCCCUAAAUUCAUUUUAAACCAAUCAUAACUUACUCAAGUUAAAUGUGUAUGCUUAAAUCAGUAUGUAAUAAUGAUUUUAGUAACUGGAAAAGUGGUCUAAAUAAGUGUAAUGAGCGUAGUUUUCUGUUAACAAGAUGUAAGCAUUUGCUUCAUUCAUUGCAUGCUUGUUGUGGAUGUUGUUCUUGCAAAGAAGUUAUAACUUUGAUUAUGUUACACAAAAGCAUUGCUUUUUGACUUGAUUCUACUCAUUAAUAGAUGUUUAGACAUACUAUGUAAGACAUGUUUUCCAAGACAGCCAUAACAUUAAUAAAUCUGCCAGAAGAAUUUAACAAAUUCAUCAUGGUAGUCCCUUUGUAACCGCAGGUGGUUCCCUUAUUUACCACUAUAAGGUCUCAAAGCAUAGAAUUUAGCAGGGCUAACCAUACAGAUAUCUUAGCCAUAAUAUUAUAUAGUUAGUACGGGUUCCUCUAUUUAAAAUAUAGAGAUAAUUAAGAAUACAAUAUAAAAUAGGGAUUGUCUUGGAAGCAAUAAAGUUUUGUCUUAAAUAUUUUAUUAAAUAAAAAUAUAAAUAUAGACAUAUAAAAAUGUAAUAAUCCAUUACAAUAAUUUAUAGCAGAGUUUAAAUGAUUAAAGUAUAUGCUUGCAACAUUAGUAAAUUAGAAUAACAUACCCCCUUGAACAUGUCACCCUAUCAGUCAUGACAAAAUGGAACAGUGUCUUUGUCUCCAAAAUCUCUCCUCUGUGUCCUAAUAUUAAUAAAUACACAUAUUUAUACCUUAGAUUUUUCAUUAGGUCAUGUUAGGACCUACCUCAACUUGUCAAAGGUACGAGGCCAUAACGUGGUCAUUUAACAUGGGAACAUCUUUAGACUAAAACAUAAGGGUACACAUGACGUGAAAAAUUCCCUGGCUUGGGGGAUUCCACCAACCUAGGAGAAGAUGGCGUUCUAAAGUCUGAACACCAUAUUCACUGACUAUGGGUAAGAGGUAAUUUAUUAAAGAAACAUUGUAUGAAAAAUAAUGUUUUCCAUUUCUAACAAAUUGCCAGUUUGCAGAAUCUCUUGAAGACAAAUAACACAGUUAAAGAAAUACAACAUUUCAUUCUAAAAACUUGUAAUUUCACAUGCCCAUAACACCUUUGGUAUCCUGUUUGUGAUUAACUAAUUAAUAAGCAUUUCUCACAUGCUCCCCAAAAUCAUGUGGAACUUGUAGCUGAGUAGGAGAACGUGGCAAUGUUCAAAGUUUAUCCCUAUUCCAUACCGAACAGCGAUUUGUAGAGAAAACAAAAUAAUUUUUGGCACAGUGGGCACAGUGUGUAAUGUGGGUAAUGUUAAAAGGCCUAUACAAAUUGUUAAAUAUAUUCUAUGGAAAUUACUUCUAAUAUGCUGAAUACAGUGUGUUUUACCCUUGCUGUUCCUAUGUAUGAGAGGGAGAUAAGCUUGAUCAUGGAUUCUAGUGUGAGACUGGGUUGAGAUUACUGCAGUAUUCAGCUAGAUAGACACUGGAUAUUUAGCCGGGGGCAUUUAAAACAACUUUGAGUGGGGGAUAGGAACUUGGAUUUUUGUAAGUCCACCAAGCACAAACCCAUUUUUGAACACAAGCAUUAUUGUGAAUGUGCUAAUUUAUAGAAAAUAUAAUCAUUCAUAAUCCAAACUUACUGUAAUAAGUAUCAUCAUUAUCACAUACUAAUCCCAAGAUGAAUAUGAAUAAAUAUACACUUUCAGACUUGGGAUUGCAUACUGAAUAUGUUUUGGUGUUUCUUUUACCUGUACAUUUGUAUAUGAUGAAUACUAUAGCCAUUGCUGAAAUCCAAGAGUAGUGAGAGCUUGAGUGCUGUGCUAUUAUUUCCAUUUGUCUUUUUAUAUAAAAUGAAUAUAUGAAAAGUGAGAAAUAAAUAUACACUUGUAUAUUUACUUAUAUAAAUUGCAGUGUUUUCAUUUCACCGCAGUUCAGAGUUUAGUAAUUUAGUAAACAAGACUGAAUCUGGAAAAAGGCAGCAAAAGGGGGUAAAAUAACAAGUGUGCCCGAUAACACCUAAACCACACUAAAACUACAACCCAAGACUAUAUCAUUGUCCUGGCUCCCUGUUCCUCCUCCCAUCCAUGAGUUCCAGCUGCUCAGUAUCCCUCUCUAUCCGGUUCAUGAAGAGUAUCCCAAAACCUUCAGAGGGACCUACCUAUGAUUCUUCUGGAACUCGGCCGCUAUCACCACCCUGGCCGAAUCAUGUUGCUGUACACUUUUCAUCCUUUUCUCAGUGGACUAGGAGAAGACUUUUUGGAGGGGAGCUACACGUCACCAGGGGGAACAAUCACUACCUAUGAGGGUUCGGGGAUGUAUUGGUAAUGUUUAUGGGUUUUGAUUGUAUUGUACUCUCUGUGUUCGGGAGAUGAUUAGUUUAGCAAGAGCUAACUUAAUUAUCUCCCAGACUCAGAGACGCUAGGGCGGGACCAGCUAUGUCUUGAAUGAAGACCCCAUGCUGGUGGUCUGUGUAUAAAAGGCUGCAUUGUGCUCAAUAAAACUGGUUAUUCUCCCCAGCAUUAUGUGUCGUCUGAUGACUGUGGAAAGGUGCUAUAAACACUAAGAGGCUCUAAGAGGCUAGGAGCUCGGCUACAAAUAUAGUAUAUUACUACGAGCUGUGUUUCUUAAUUGUAUCUAACUCUAACUCAUAUUUCAAGUCAAAUAUGUCAAAUUAUGUGUAAUGCUCACAUGUUUGGUUAAUACAUGCUAUGCCUAAAAUUGAUAAACUGUUUUAUUGUUAUGAUAGAUGCUUUUGUGGCUGUAUCCAAAGACGUAAAGGAACACCAACAAAUGGAAAGGACAGUUAAUGAUGUAAAAGAACAAUUUGAUUCUAUCACACUGAGGUGUCGGCCUACACAUCAAAUAUCUCAUGGUAUGCAAUUCAGUCUGUAAUUCUAUUUUUAUUUUAUACAUUUUAAGAAAUGUAUUAGGAUCUGUAUUCAGUAAUAUGGAUAAAUAGUUUUUAAAUGUGGUAAUGUAAAGUGCCAUCAUAUACACAAUAUACUUAUCUAUGUAUUUAUCAUUUGCCUAUAAUUCAUCAUUCCUAUGGUGUUGUUUUUUUUUACCUUGUUUCAGGUACUGGGGUCAUUCAGGUGAAAAUUGACAAUAUAUCUUAUAUAAAAGCUAAGGCAUUUAGAUUGACAUCAUACUGUGUGUUGAUGAGUACAUAGAAAUAUAGAUAUGUUACUUUUAUUGCAAUUAUAUACAAUUAUAUAUAUCCCUUCUUGGGAUGCUAAGGUUUUUGUGGAUUCAUGAUUAAAGCAAUUUUGGCAUUCUCCACAUACAUUUGCUCAACUGUAAUUUCCCUAUAUAUUAUUAAGACAAUUGCACAUAUUAUACAAAUUGUUUUUAAGGAUAGAUAGAGCUUUCUGUUGAUAAUAUAGAUAGCUCAUCCUUUAAUUUGAAUAAAAUAUAAAAAAUAGGAAAAUACUGUUCACAAUAAUGUGGCUUUAGAAAACUAUCUGUUAUAAAAUUUGUUUAAAUGUCCAAAUUGUGUAAAUGUCAACCAGUUCAGUGUUUUUUGGCAGUUAUGUGUCACAAAAUAAAAAGGGUGCACCAUUGAUAUACAACUGAAAGUCUCCAAAUUUGGCCUGCUGGGAAUGUAAGUUCAGCAGUGAUCACAACGCCUAAAAUUGGCUAAACAAAAGUAUACAUUUGGAGAAACUGUUAUUUAAAUGUUCACAGGGAUUUGGGUUAGUUUGCAGCUAGAUUUUCUUUGUCUUGUUUAUGCAUUUAUACUAAUAAAUAGACAACCACUAGUGCAGCAAGAGAUGUUUGAGAGUAGAAUUAAUUUCUGUUUUACAUUUUUAACAUAGUCUACCACCAGACCUCCCAAUUAUGCGGAAUUAGUCAGGACUGGUUUGAUUUUCGAGCCAUGUACUACCAUCCCAACUUAGUUCCCUGUGUCCUGGUAUUCUGAUUUUCGGGUGCCAGGCAACUGGCCAACAAGAGCUAUGUUCAGGCCACUAGGACCCUACCAAGAGCACUGAAACAGUGCUCCCUGCAUGGUCUGCCCCCAGUGGGCUGGCCAGCUUGGUUAGCAGGUAGCCUUGCAUGCAUUCAUGCACUGGCUGGCUUGUCAAUUCUACAGACAAACCUGCCCUCUUCCUGACAGGUCCCACAACUACAGGCAGAACCAGUGAUAUUAAUUACACCAUUGGCCCAGCUUUCCUUGCCUCUCUUUUUCAGUAAGCUGGAGUUGGGAAGUAGGUACCACCGAAUCUUUAUUUACCACUGAGCUGCUAGUAGAAAUGUUACAUUUGGACUACGUUGAAAAAAGUUGAAAAAUUUACUUUAACAACUGUUAUAAUUUAAAAGUUUUUUAGAUCUUAGAUAACAGCUUUCAGGGUUAUUCAAUAAAGUGAGAACUGCCAAGAAUUCAAAUAUAUUUCAAAUUGUAGGUCAAAAUAGUAAAAUUAGACAAAUUCUCCACAUUAGUUCUGUUUUCAGUUUUGCUAUUUUUGUGUUAAAUUUUAGAAUCACUUGGAAUUCUCAACAGUUCUCACUUUAGUGAAUAACCCUGGGUAUGUUUACUGAAAUCAAAUGCUGUACCAUAUUUAAAUAGAAUAUAAGGCUUGGGGUUCAGAGAUCACAGGGAAACAGCAUGCAGAUUUAUUUUACACUUUUACCAUUUCUAAAUUUGUCUACCAUGUUUUUGGCUUAUUUUGUCUGGAUACAUUAUAUUUUGUUGACAUAACAGUCCCAACUAUCAAUUAUGGCCUUGAUUUAAUUUGCUUGGAUCAGCAUCAAAUCACAAUCUAUUAGAAAAACUUUUCAAAUAACUGAGCUACAGAAGUCACCAUUUAAGUUUAUGUGAAUUUUUGUCGAUAGACCAUUUGAAAGGUUUUUCUAACAGAUGGUGAUCGUUUGAAAUGUUGAUUCAAAUUAAUUCUAUCGAGGUCUAUGUGCCCGUGCUAUACCCAAACAUUUAACUAGGUAUCUCCAAAAAUGUUGAAUAAAGAGAUAAAUAAAGAAAUGAGGGAGAAAUAUGGCUCCAAAAAUCAGAGUAGUGACAAUGUUUAUCAAAUUUAUGGUAGUUUGACUAAAAUGGGUGUUUCUUAUGACACUUCUGAAUAUGAACACCUUGAUGUUCUCAACAUUAUAGUUUAUGUAAUAGUCGUAUUUAUAGAACAUCCGCUUUCACAUUUCGCUGUGAGUUUAAACUUUCAGAUAUUUGUUCCUUCUGUUGUGGUUUCCAUUAUAUGCACUUCCUGAAUAUACUUUUUUUUUUUUUUGCAGCUCUUAAUUUUCUUUUCUUAUUUGCCUUGGAAGGAGAAAACAGCCUGUUUUCAUUAAUAUUUAAGUUAUGUUACAUAUCUCCUUUAUAAAACAUUCAAAAUUCAAGGGCUGAAAACAGGAAGAGGUGUAUUCAUUUCAUUUUCCUUCAAUACAAAUGAACUGCUGAAUAUGCAGGCCUUCUCACUUUUGACAGAUCUCAAACAGUGCAGUAGAAUACAGAUUGAGAAAUACAUUUGUGUUAAAUAAAAGAAACUCAGUUCAGGAGGAUUAAAAAACAAACAAAAGACAGGUUUACAUUUUUAUUUCUACUGGAACAUAAAUGAUCAAAUAACUGAUUGAUUAACAAAACAGUUAUAAUUUUAUAGAAUGCCUAUCUGCUUAAAGGGACACAAUAUGUACAAUGUGACUUUUAGUUUGUAAAUUAAAUAGAUUCAACUUUGAGAUUCGUUUAAUUACGAACUGCAAUUCGAAGCUUCUGUCCAUAAUGCCAAAAAAAAGAGAUGAUUGAUGGGAAAAAAGGAUAAGCAGUAAAAAAGAAAUAAAUCUAUAUUAAUAUUUAAUAAGUAUAUAUAUAUAUAUAUAUAUAUAUAUAUAUAUAUAUAUUACUGCUCCUCUUCUUUUUCCUUCUGUUAGUUACUUUUUCUCACUUGAUCUCUGAACCAUGGCAGGGCAGGAAAAUAUGCCUAUAAUAAUAUACACAAAAUUGACAUUAUGUAAAAAUCUUGCAGUACACUGAUUGGCCCAUUUUUUAGCCCUUUUGUAUCUUCUGAUUCAUUCUCUUAAUGUUUUUUGAUGAAAUUCUGCCAAAAAGUCACAUGCAUUAAAUUCUGCCAUAACUACAUUUAUUUUAGUUUCCAAAAACGUGGUGAGGUCAAAACAAAUUUUGCCUCUACGCAAAAGUCUAAAAUAUAUAGAUAAUGCAUUGAUGGAAUAUGGACAUGGGGUUUAUAAUUAUAUGAACUCUUGUUCAGUCAAGAUUUAUUGGAAUGUCCCUUUACCUUCAGUUCCACUCAUGUUCAAAUAGAAAUGAGCAGUAAUCUUCUGGAUACCAUUCUACGUGGCUAACCUGGUGCAGGAUUCUGUAUUUCUUAUGUCAGCAAUGGAUUUGAAAGUUUUUUUUUUCUGGAUCCUUCCCUAAGAUUCACCUGAUGUAAGGGAUAAGGUAGCAAAUAACAGUAACUAUUUACAAGAUUAAUAGAAGUAGAAUAACAACAAGGGAGACUAAGCACUCUAAUGAGAGGAGCUGGUAAAGAAUCGAUUGGGAAACUUUUGAUCCCCUUGCACAUAUGUUAGUAGGAGAAGUCUCUCCAAUUCAAAGAGAGUCCAACAGACCUCCAUGUUUGCACAAGAAGCCACACUUCCCACAAACAAUGGAGAUAUUAAAUAAUAAAAGGGUAUCUGCAUGACCGCCAAAACAUUUCUAUUAACCCAUACUUCACAGUUCAAGAACUACUGAUGUGGGUUCCCCUGGCUAGUAAGCGGCCUGCCAGACCUCUUCAUGGCUUUUGCUUCCCCUCUUCCUCUUUUGUUGAUCACUACUAGGACCUGCUGGUAGUUCCGCAUCAAUUCCAAUUCUGAGAAAAAUAAGCCUGGUAUUAUGAGUCAUAUCCAAGUUGGAUCUUUGUGACUAUAUGAUUCAUUAUACAUUUUAUCAUAUUUUAACCAUUCGAAUUAGCCGGGACUACGUUGGUUUAUUAUUAUUAUUAUUGGUAUUUAUAUAGCAUCAGCUUAUUCUGCAGCACUUUACAAUAAAAGGGGAAUUUACCAAAUGAGACAAUAACAAAAUGUAACAGGAACAAUAGUUAGUUGAGGACCCUGCUGAAACAAGCUUACAGUCUAGAGGAGGUGGGGUAUAAAAACACGAUAGGAAGGGUACUGAGGGAGACAGCAAAUAGACAUGGUGGGAAAGUAGCAGAACUAGAAGUGAGAGUGGAGUGUGGCCCUUUAGGAGAGAACAAGAGGAAGGUUUGAGAGAUAGAGUUACUCUUCGGGGCCAUAAGCAAUCCUGAAAAGAUGGGUUUUGAGGGACUUUUUAAAGGAUUGAAGACUAGAGGAGAGUCUGACAGGGGUAGCCAGGCUGUUCCAAAGGAAAGGAGCCAUCCGUGAGAAGUCUUGCACGUGUGAAUUUGCAGCAAGGGUGCGAGCAGCAGACAGGAGAAGGUCGCCAGUAGAGCGGAGAGACUGAGAGGGGGCAUACCUAUGAAUCAGUGAAGAAAUGUGAGAGGGGCUAGAGUUGGUUAGAGCUUUUAAAUUGACAUGUGUAGGUGACAGGAAGCCAAUGUAAGCAUCGAGAGAGGGUUGAGGUGUGAGAGGAGUGAGAGGAGAGAAAGAUCAACCUGGCAGCAGCAUUCACCACAGAUUGUAGGGGGGCAGUACCGCUUCUGGGGAGACCAAUUAGGAGAGAAUUACAGUAAUUGAUGCAGGAGAUUACGAGAGCGUGAACAAGCUCCUUGGCAGCAUCUUGCGUAAUGAAGGGACGUAUGUGGGCAAUAUGUUUAAGUUGGAAUCGACAGGUUUUAGCAACAGACUGGACAUGAGGUGCAAAGGUGAGGCCAGGAUCAAAAGUGACACCAAGAGGUUUACUGUUAUAUAUGAUUUUGCAAGCAACACACCAUUAUUAAUAGCCAACUUGAGAUUUUUCUCUAAAAUGGCCAUUUCAUCUGACCUUAAAGGAUCUGCUAUCUAUUUCAUACCAAGUUGAACAUAUACUCUACUAAUGAACAUAUGUUCUGUUAAAAAUGACAAAAGAAAAUUAUUAAAACAGGCAGCACAACUAGCUUUCAAAAGUCAAAUUAAUGUGUGAAAAGUGGAAUGUAAAAGCAAUAUGUAAAGCAUACUAUAGUAUCCUAUAGUGCCCUCCUCACUCAGGCACCCCCACCACACCCACAGUGCACAAAGGGUUAAAAAGCCUCAAUUCACAUACCUGAAUCCAUCGCCGAUGUCCCUUGCACGGUUAAACUGACAGGGACAGUGCACCCAGACCACUUCAAUGAAGUGGUCUGGGUUCCUAUAGUGUCCCUUUAAUUACUAGGUGUUGCAAUGGUCACUCCUGCACAGAUGGCAGAAUAGAAAUGCUUCUUGUCACAUGAAUGCCCUUUGCUGUACAGAGACAAAACAUUCUAAUCUCAAAUACAUGGUAUAUAAUAUAAUGCAAUCUAUAUAAAAUUAUUAUUUCACCAAAAAACACAUUUAUGUUUCAUUACGGAAACUCCUGUGCAAUUAGGAUUUAGCAGCUCUUCUGAAUAUAUGUGGUAAUUAAUCAAAUGUGAUUAACCUGUAAUUGCUAGGUACCCACUCUGCCUGCUUGUCACCGCCUAUCAGAGAACAUGGAGAUACAUGUCAUGUUUAUUAUAUUUCUUUCAGAAAAUGACAUUCCAGGACAAUGA